GCGCUGCUCCGCCCGCCCCUUCGGGCAAGAAAACUUCCCUGUCCAGCGAUUAGGAGGCGGGGUCCCGGGGCUAACAGGCGUCCGCCUCGGCCAAUGGCAGCCUAUAAAAAGAGGGGCGGGGGCGGGCCUUGGCUCUUUCCGGGAAAGAUCCUCGAAGCGCCUUUGCGCAGCACCGAACCCCGAAAAGAGAGGGGACACCAUCCUCCGACGCCCCGGGAUCCAGCGCAGGUAAAUGCUUCGCGAUGGGCGACACCUGUCGCUGCGCUUGUCCUGCUUGGCGUAGCUCCCUGGGGGGCAGGAAGCAAGGGAAAGUCCUGCAGGACACGCCCCAGGGGAGAAAGUUUUGGGGGCAUUUGGGGACGGGGAGGGUGCACCUCCUGUCCCUCGCAAGUAAGCGCGCAAGGGGAGAAAGGGGAGCGGUCCGGGUGGGCUCUGCUGCAAACGGUGCGUAAAAGCGCACAGGGUAGAAGCGAGGUAAGCGGUUGGCUCUGAACUUUCUCGGGUGCAAGGAGGCACUUCCUUGGGGUGGAGGGGGACCCCCCGCUCAUGCGCGCACCUCGAAUCUUCCAGCCCCUUCUGAGGGGGGUCAACUUUCUUCAAGGAUGUUUUGCCUCCCCCCCCCCACUCCCCACGGAAGAGUGGAAGGGAAGAGUGCAGGCGGUUCUGUUUAAGUGAUUUUCCUUGCCUGCCAGGCAAAAAACCCACAGUUCACACGUGACUCUGAAAGAGGCGUGUUGCACUUCUGAGGUCCGCAAGAGGAGUGUGAACACUUCCGUCGGAUGCGCGUUCUCUGGGGGAAAGAGCCCCUCAUCCGCUUUAAAGGUCUCAAUCUUUCCCCGAUAGAGGCAGCUCAGAAGUGACGCUGCGCUUCCGUGCACGCACUGACUUGCCGGAGAGUAAGCCUCAUAGAACGCAGUGGGAGUUAAUUCGGAGUAAGCGUGCUUAGAUUUGGGGCUACACAGUGCAAUCCCAUGUAUGCUUACUCGCGAGCAAAUGAGGUCUCCUCCUGAGUAAAAAUGCCUCUGCAGAGGGUGUUAUUUCUGCCACCGACCCUCUCUGACCCAAGAGUGGGGCUUUUCCCAGGACCAGUUAAACUCAUUGAUUUUGGACCUUCUCAAACCCGAGGCCUGAAUUGCUUUGGGUGUCUUGUCCCACUGAUCAUGGUCUUUAGAUUGGAAAGGGACUGAAUUUGACUUUUCUGCAUCAAGAGGCAGUGUGGUGUAAUGGUUAGACUAGGACCUGGGAGAGACCAGGGUUCAGAUCCCCACCCAGACAUGAAGCUCACUGGGUGACCUUGGGCCAGACCUCUCAGCCUAGCUACCCCACAGGGCUGUUGCAAGGAUUAAAUGAGGCUACCACCAAAGGAUCUACACCAGAGAGAAGCUUUAUGAAUGUUUGAACUGCAAGCAAUAAAUAAAUUUAUUUAUUCUCCAGUCUGAUGGGAGUUGUAGUCCAAAAAUCUGGUGGGCGCUAGGCUGGGGAAGGCUGGUCUGCAGUCAAGCAGGAAACCCAUCUUGCUUGCAUGGUGGACUUUUGAUUUGAAAACUGCCCCACUCUUGCACCCAGGUCCAAAAUGCUGGACUAGACGGGCCUUGGGCCUGUUCCAGUAGGCUACUUUGUUACGUUCUCAUGUUUGCAAAUGGUGUUGCUUGCUACCCUGGACUCCUCUGGGACGAAGGGCAAGAUGUAGAUUGCAAUAACCAAAGCGGAAAUAAAAUAUUCACACUGGGAUAGCAUGAGACUCUUCAGGGUCUCCGAGUCCCACUUUGGGCAAAAGACUCCUGCAUUGCAGGGGGUUGGACUGGAUGACCCUCAGGGUCCCUCCCAACUCCAGGAUUCUGUGAACUGACCAAAGUCCAAAGGGGUUUGGAGAGAGACGUAGCCCAUUGUGCUGCAACCAAUUUAUCUGGGCUUUCACGAAAGCCCAAAUGGGGAUCCAGGACUCGUGUGCAAAAAGGAAGGAGGAAAUUGAGGUUCUUUUCUUGCUGUGUCUAAAGUUGCUGCCUGGCAACUUCCCCUCUUUCUCAGGCAGAAAAGGUUUUCUGUCGUUGUGACUGGCCUGGUUAGCACUGAAGCAUGUAAUCUGGGUUUGGGCAAAACACUUCAGGCUGCAGUUGAGAGUUCCUAUAAAAUAAUACUCUUCUAGACCCCCUUCUGCCUGAUACGAGACUAGGGCCCUGCAGAACUUGAUCUCCUUCCGCAGGGCCUGUAAGACAGAGCUAUUCCGCCUGGCCUUCAAUUUGAAUUAGCCUGAUCCUCUAUUCCCUUUUCCCUUCCCUCAAUGAAGAAACCCUUUCUGGGACCUCACAUUUAAAUUCUUCCCUGGUCUCCUUGCUGGCCCUGGUAGGACCAACUUGGCCAGUUAGCCCUGGUGAUCACUUGAUGUCUGCUGACUGGGUUCCCCUCCCCCAAUGACCCCUGAAUUUUUGAAUUUUAUUGAUAUUGAUGCUGCUUUUUCUGUUGUGUUUUAUGCUGUUGUUAAGUCGCAUUUUAAUCAUUGUUUUAUAUUUGCUGUUAGCCGCCCUGAGCCCGGUUUUUAAACCGGCAAGGGCGGGGUAUAAAUAAAAAAAAUAUUUUUAUUAUUAUAUGACUUGCUAGCUGCCUAGGUACAGGGUGAAUGGGUGUUUAUUUGUAAGAGUAUUCCAUCAUGUAAGCUUGCAUUUGCAAUCUGAGGUGGUGCACCCCAAGCUCUGAUUUCCCACCUUUGCAACCCCAAUAUGCACCUUUGCAAACCCGGUUGCCAAUGCAGUGUUUGCAAUAACUGACGUCGGCUCCCUCCCCCGGUUUCCAGCCCCCCCCCCAAUCUCCUGCACCUCUCAUAGAAGCGCGCCACUCAACCUGAACCCGCAGGAUGCAAAAAAAAAAAAAAAAAAGUGAAACUUACGUAAUUUUGUAAUUUAAGUUUAGGAACUUAAUUGGAGAGUUAACAUCGAGAUGUGGAAAUAUCGACGAAAGGCAGGAUUGAGACUUGGACAUGCUUCAAGGUUCAGACUAUGGGAAGUCGUACAAUUAAUAAUUACAAUUCGGAAGAUACUUUGACCUUUUUUAUUUUAGUUUUGUUGGAUUAUGAUUUGAUAUGUUAAUUGGAUGGCUUUUAUUUGGAAAAUUAAUAAAAAUGAUCUAACAAAAAAAAAAAAGGAAUUUAAACACCAGCCCAAACCCCUAAUUCCACCUGUGUCCAGGAAAGGGGCAGUCUCCCAGCUGCUUCUUUCAGAGCUGAGCUCACUUUUAAACCAAACUCCUCCUCUUCCUCCCUUGAUUCAGUCGCUUCUCAGCCCCACAGAGGGAGGCAGAACAGGAGGGAGGCUGGCCUGAACAGGAAAGGGCUGUACCCGGUUGCUGGCUGGGAGCUCCAGAGUUCAGUGCCUUGCCGGCCGCUCUCUCUCUCUUGGCGGCUGGGCCGUACUGUGCGAAGGGCACCCAGCGCUGUUGUCUCCUUCCUCCGACAGCCAUGUCUCGCCCUCUGACGGACCAGGAGAAGCGCAAGCAGAUCAGCAUCCGUGGCAUCGUUGGCGUGGAGAACGUGGCGGAGCUGAAGAAAGGCUUCAACCGGCACCUCCACUUCACCCUGGUCAAAGACCGCAAUGUGGCCACCCAUCGCGACUACUACUUUGCCCUGGCCCACACCGUCCGCGAUCACCUGGUGGGCAGGUGGAUCCGCACACAGCAGUACUACUACGAGAAGGACCCCAAGGUGAGACAUGCGGGGCAAGCCAGAAAGCGGCUCUUAUUGCUGUUUUGACACAGCUGAGCUGUGGAACUCCUUGCCACAGUAGGCAGUGAUGACCACCAACCUGAACUAACGUUGGCCUGGUGUCCAGCAGCCUCUUGCUUAGCUGGUCCAUCAGGACUCAGAUUUCUAUUUAUGAUUUGGUUAAAUUGUGGAUCAUUCCAUAGUUUAUAUAACAUGCUUUUGAGUGCUAGCAGGCCUUUGUUUCUUGAACAGGUGAGAUACAUAUUUUCAAAAUAAGCAGGGGCAAAGUUCCCAUGCUGAAAAAUCAAGGAGUUCCAGGACCUAACUUCUUUAAAUUAUCGUACAUGGAAAUUGCCUUGGCGCAGUGAUUUAGAAGGUGAUUAAUAAAUCGGCAGUGGGUCUGUGCAGGUGUGUAAAUCACCCCUUGACUGCUUCUUGAAGACUCUCACCUGGCAGUGUUAGGUGUGGUCCUUGGAAAAGCAGACAGGCUUGCAGUGGUGAUGGAUGUGCCGUCCUUGGUUGAAUUGCAAGAGCCACGUGCCUUUGAAUGCCGCCACUCCUCAAGGGGGAAAUGCGAUGUUCCCAGGUGAAACCAGCGCCAUUGUUCCAGCAAGGGCGAGGUCCGAGAUCAGGGUGUUCUGCUUGGCAAUGUGUGUGGCAGGACAAAAAGGUGCCCUGCAAGGCUGUCCUCCUGUUGCUUUUGGGGACCUGGCUAUAUAUGCACAUAUGACACAGUUGUGCAACAUGUGGCUUGUGUAAUGCCUCUAACACAAAUAAAUGGGAUGUCUUCAGCACCCUGGUCUCUCUUCCUACUCGGACACUGACAGUCUCUUAGGCAGGGAACUUGAGUUCUUGACCCAGGCCUCUGAUCACUCACCUUUCAGGCUAGUUUCUACAUUUUUGUUGUUGUUUAGUCAUUUAGUCGUGUCCGACUCUUCGUGACCCCAUGGACCAGAGCACGCCAGGCACUCCUGUCUUCCACUGCCUCCCGCAGUUUGGCCAAACUCAUGUUCAUAGCUUUGAGAACACUAUCCAACCAUCUCGUCCUCUUUCGUCCCCUUCGCCUUAUGCCCUCCAUCUUUCCCAGCAUCAGGGUCUUUUCCAGGGAGUCUUCUCCACUCAUGAGGUGGCCAAAGUAUUGGAGCCUCAGCUUCAGGAUCUGUCCUUCCAGUGAGCACUCAGGGCUGAUCUCCUUCAGAAUGGAUCGGUUUGAUCUUCUUGCAGUCCAUGGGACUCUCAAGAGUCUCCUCCAGCACCAGAAUUCAAAAGCAUCCAUUCUUCGGUGAUCAGCCUUCUUCAUGGUCCAGCUCUCACUUCCAUACAUCACUACUGGGAAAACCAUAGCUUGAACUAUGGGACCUUAUUUGGCAAGGUGAUGUCUCUGCUUUUUAAGAAGCUGUCUAGGUUUGCACAUUUUUAUGUGCACUUUUUGUGAAUGCCUCCAUGCUUGCGGGUGCUGGUUGGACGGCUGCCUCACAAAAUGCGGGUUUUGAAGGAUGGCUGGGUUUAAGUUGGAGACUUGGAGGCAGCAGUGCUUCGGACUCUCAGUUGCUGGAAAUCCCAGGAGCGGAGAACUGUUCUUAUGCUUUGCUGGUUUCUGUUGGGAGACUGCCAUCAGAAUGGGUGGAGGGAAGCAGGGGGAUACAGAGAACCUCCUCCGAUUCUGAGAAGCAGCUUCUCGUCUGGCAGUAGGGAAAGCCACACCUCCAGCAGAGCAGAGGAGGAAAGAGGUAGCCGGGUGGAGGGAAGGCUCAAAGAUGCUACUGAGAUCCCAAGCGCCUCACCUAGCACGGCCGGCCGGCCAGGAGGCACACACCGUCGCCCUGCUUGCGCAGAGGGGUGAAACGGAAGGAGGAGAGGCGGAGAUUUGGGUUGCCCAAGUUCUUAUGUUGGGGGGGAAGCCGGAAGGGGCCACUCCCGGAAUCUGCAAGUGACUAAGAUGGACAAGAACUUUGUGGUUCUGCACUGUAAAUAGUUUGCACAAAUAAAAACCUGCGAAAGACAGGUUUGGAGUCCUGCCUGGUUACUCGUGAGCAACCACCUCACCACCUGACAGUUUCCCAUGGGGGCAUCUGGUUGGCAACCAUCAGACUAGGAUGUUGGACUAGAUGGGCCACUAGAAGGGCAAAUUAGUUGGUUUCUCUUUCAAUUGCAAAGCGAAUUGCAGAAGUCUACAUUAUUUAUUUCUCUUUUCAUUCUAUUGUUAUUAUUAUUCCUCCCUCCCUUUGCUUUUGCUUUGUUCAGUUUUGCCCUGCUUUCCUUUUCCACCUAGAUAGCUCAGUUGGUUAGAGCAUGGUGCUCACAAUGGCAAGGUUGCAGGUUCGAUCCCUGUAAGGGACAGCUGCAUAUUCCUGCAUUGCAGGGGGUUGGACUAGAUCAGGUAGAUCCCUGGCUGAUCCUGGCAGAUCGUGGGAUCCUUAUUGUGUACAAAAAGUUACGGGGGGGGAGCUAAAAAAAACCCUCUGUGCAAUCUUCCCCCCAAAAACCUCAGCAACUCUGGCCAAUCCACCCACCCCACGCACGCUCCUCUUCCCUCCAAUGGGUAGAUCACUGCCAGUUUUUUAAUACCGGGAGCAGAUCACAGUCUCUUGGGAGUUGAACAUGCCUAGAUUAGAUGAUCCUCAGGGUACCUUCCGAAAUAAAAAAAUAAGUUUAUAUAUAUAUAUAUAUACCAACCAAGCACAUACAUAGAUAUGUGGACCACAUGUCUGGAGCAGCACAGGAAGACCGCCCUGAAACCAUUUUGACUCCCAAGCUGACCAAAUGUUUUCUCUGCAAGGAGGGAGGGGGUGAGGGAACCUUCCCAUUCUCUCAGGAAUUGGGGAAUCACCAUCUCAAAGGAAUGGGCAGACAACCAGGAAAGGCAAUCAGAUAAGGCAUUAUCAGAUAACCUGGCAGAUAGGAGAUAAACAACGCACUCAGAUUUCUGUUGUAGACCGCCUUUUCUGUGAUGUAAGUAUGAUGUUUGUAGGGGGCGGUCUUGGGUUACACCCCUUCUGUGAUGUAUGUAUGAUGUAUGGAGGGGUGGUCUUGAGCUCCAGGGCGGGGAAUUUAAAAUGUCUAUAUAAGGGCAGCCACACUUUGGUUCUGGGUCCUCCUCUGUCCUCCUGCGUGUGAGGGGAGCACCCUGUUGCAACAGAUCAAUAAAGAUCAGGCUUACUAGCUGCUUUGCUUCUCAAUAUUCUCUGGUUGGCCUCUGUUAUUUUCUCUGACCGAUGGAGAACCUACAAAGGACUCUUUAAGGGCUCUUGUGUCCCCCAUAAGGGAAUAAGGGCAGAUUUUGUUUACAACUCUUCCAACCCUACAAUUCUCCUUGCAUUUGAUGCCCUCUACUCUGGGUCAAUUAGGACGCAGGUGGCGCUGUGGGUUAAACCACAGAGCCUAGGACUUGCCAGUCAGAAGGUCGGCGGUUCGAAUCUCCCGUUGCUCGGUCCCUGCUCCUGCCAACCUAGCAGUGCAAAAGCACAUCAAAGUGCAAGUAGAUAAAUAGGUACCGCUCUGGCGGGAAGGUAAACUGCGUUUCUGUGCGCUGCUCUGGUUCGCCAGAAGCAGCUUAGUCCUGCUGGCCACAUGACCCGGAAGCUGUACGCCGGCUCCCUCGGCCAAUAAAGUGAGAUGGGCGCCGCAACCCCAGAGUCGGCCACGACUGGACCUAAUGGUCAGGGGUCCCUUUACCUUUUACUCUGGGUCAAUGAGGGUAGGCACAUGAAGGCGAUAGAUGGUUGAAGAAAGACUGCAGAAGGCAGAAGGGAAGAUCUCCCAGGGUGGGAGGCUGAGAGAAGAAAGGGAAGCUCCCAGGUGAGCUACCUUUGCGUGAGACCUUGCUUUUCUCUCUUUUUUUUAAAAAAAAUAAUAUUUAUUACUUUUCCAAAAAUUUAAACACUAAAAAGACAAUACAAUGCAAUACAUUAAACUAACAUUACAAAACAAAAACAAUAAAAUAAAUCAAACAAUUUCAUUAUCCCAUCUUUCAUUCACUUAUUUCCAAGACCUCCUCACACCUCCCUUUUUGUAUUCCACUUCUGUUAAUUAUUUCAGCAAUUCCUUUCCAUCUUCCUCUGUUUUCUAUCCUAUAAUUAUCUUAACUCAUUCUAACCUUAUUUUUCCUUUAAUACUCUAUUAAUCCAUUUAUACUUAAUUCCUUAUAACGUUUCUACUAAAGCCAUAUAACUUCCUUCCUUUUCUCUUUCUGCUUCUCUUUUUGUUUAGAUUACCUUGUUUUCAUGGUAUCUCAUCAUGACAAAAGCCUUAAUGAAAAUGCUAUGCCCCAAAAAAGCACAAAAAGUGAAAACGGAAUAGAAUUUCUUCUCCCUCCCAACUUGUGGAUUUCAUGGUGGUGAGGACUGAUCCUGGCUUAUUAGCAGAAUCCAUGCCUUGCACCCAGAAGGUCUCAAAUUCAAUCCCUGUUUCUCCAGCUUUGAAAGAUACGCUUCUUAAUAGGGCUGGAAGAGACCUUGUCACUGCCAAUCCUGAAAAGCGAUAGGCUGAAAAGCAGAUCUAAAUCCAGCGUGGAAUAGCUGGUUGCCCUCCUCGAAUUGGAUUGACUUAACCAUCUCUUCAGUCAGGUUUUGGACUGUUAACGGCCUUUAAUGUAGAGCUUUAGCCUGGUAGAUUAAGGAGUAAUCCCAUUUGUGACAUCAGUCGGAAGUCCUUUUUCAAGUGAGGUGGACAGGCUCUCUGCUGAGACAGCUUUGCUCCUAAUCUGCCCUUUCUCCAGCUCCCAUCUUUGAUUCGGUGCUUCAUCCUAGAGACUUUCAGAACCACUGUCCACCCUGCCUCUCAUUUUAACUUUAGAAAAGUCCUGUCUUGCCUCAUUGGAUGGGACCCAGAAGUAAUAGUGCCACUGUAUUCUGCUCUGGUCAGACCUCACCUGGAGUACUGUGUCCAGUUCUGGGCACCACAGUUCAAGAAGGACACUGACAAACUGGAAAGUGUCCAGAGGAGGGCAACCAAAAUGGUCAAAGGCCUGGAAACGAUGCCUUAUGAGGAACGGCUAAGGGAGCUGGGCAUGUUUAGCCUGGAGAAGAGGAGGUUAAGGGGUGAUAUGAUAGCCAUGUUCAAAUAUAUAAAAGGAUGUCACAUAGAGGAGGGAGAAAGGUUGUUUUCUGCUGCUCCAGAGAAGCGGACACGGAGCAAUGGAUCCAAACUACAAGAAAGAAGAUUCCACCUAAACAUUAGGAAGAACUUCCUGACAGUAAGAGCUGUUUGACAGUGGAAUUUGCUGCCAAGGAGUGUGGUGGAGUCUCCUUCUUUGGAGGUCUUUAAGCAGAGGCUUGACAACCAUAUGUCAGGAGUGCUCUGAUGGUGUUUCCUGCUUGGCAGGGGGUUGGACUCGAUGGCCCUUGUGGUCUCUUCCAACUCUAGGAUUCUAUGACCCCUGAGCCACCAUUUAUAGCUCACAUCAGGUGCCAGGGUGUGAAAUAAUAAUAAUAAUAAUAAUAAUAAUAAUAAUAAUAAUAAAUUUAUACCCCGCCCUUCCCGGUUCAAAAACCGGGCUCAGGGUGGCUAGCAACAAAUUUAAAACACUUAAUUAUAAAAGCAGCAUAAAAUACAAUAUAAAAACAUGAAUCACAAUAAAAUUCAAAAAUCAAUUUAGGGGAAAUAAGCAUUAGAUAAUCCCCAGGGCUAGCUGGAUGAAUUGGUCCUACUUGGGCCAGCGAGGGGGUCAGGGGAGAAUUAGCUGUGGGGUCUCAGAGCAGGUAAUCUUCAUAAAAGGGGAGGGGGAGGGAAGGGAAAUAAAAGAUCUGGCUGAAUUCAAAUUAAAGUUCAGGCGGAAUAGCUCUGUCUUACAGGCCCAACAGAAGGAGGUUAAAUCCUGCAGGGCCCUGGUCUCAUGGGACAGAGUAUUGCACCAGGUCGGAGCCAUCACUGAAAAGGCCCUGGCCCUUGUGGAGGAUAGUCUGACUUCCUUAGGCCCCGAGACCUCUAAAGUAUGGUUGUUCAUGGACCUUAAGGUCCUCUGCGGGGCCAUACCAGGAGAGCCAGACCCGUAGAUAUGAGGGCCCUAAGCCACAAAGGACUUUAAGAUGGAGCAAGCUUGCUUUCUGCUGCUCCAGAGGGUGGGAACCGAACCGACAGAUCCAAAUCGCAAGAAAGAAAAUUCUGACUGAAACUUUCUGAUGGCAAGAGCAAUUUGCCAGUGGAACGGACUCCCUCAUAAAGGGGUGGGUGCUAUUUCCUUGUAGGUUUUUCAACAGAAGUUGACUUCCCAUUGGCCAGGGAUUCUUAGGCUGUGAUUCCUGUAAUUAGGGGGUUGGACUAAUGACCCCUGGGUUUCCCUUUCAACUCCGUGAUUCUUUCCAAAAUGAGCUGUGCUUUGCAGCAAAGGGUAAAGGGAAAGGGAUGCGGGUGGCGCUGUGGUCUAAACCACUGAGCCUCUUAGGCUUGCCGAUCAGAAGGUUGGCGGUUCGAAUCCCCGCAACGGGGUGAGCUCCCAUUGCUCUGUCCCAGCUCCUGCCAACCUAGCAGUUUGAAAGCACACCAGUGCAAGUAGAUAAAUAGGUACCACUGCGGCAGGAAGGCAAAUGGCUUUUCCAUGCGCUCUAGUUUCCGUCACGGUGUCCCGUUGCACCAAAAGCUGUUUAGUCCUGCUGGCCACAUGACCCAGAAAGCUGUCUGUGGACAAAGGCCGGCUCCCUCGGCCUGAAAGCGAGAAGAGCGCCGCAACCCCAGAGUCGCCUUUGACUGGACUUAACUGUCCAGGGGUCCUUUCCCUUCCCUUCCCUUCCCUUCCCUUCCCUUCCCUUCCCUUUACCUUUACAGCAAAGGGUUUGCUCACUGUGGGAACUGGGACCAGAGCUGUCCUGAUGAGCCCCAAACUCUUGCAGGAGUAGAAAUCCUCUUAAAAGCUUGCACAGCUAAAUUAUUUGAUUUUGGCCCUGCUUUCUCAUGCAAAUGCUCCUCAUAGAUGACAAAACCAAUGAAAUAUAAUAGUGGUACCUCGGGUUAAGUACUUAAUUCAUUCCAGAGGUCCAUUCUUAACCUGAAACUGUUCUUAACCUGAAGCACCACUUUAGCUAAUGGGGCCUCCUGCUGCCACCGCGCCGCGGGAGCACGAUUUCUGUUCUCAUCCUGAAGCAAAGUUCUUAACCUGAAGCACUAUUUCUGGGUUAGCGGAGUCUGUAACCUGAAGCGUAUGUAACUCGAGGUACCACUGUAAUGAAAAUUGCCCCAUCCCCUUCUGAUAAGCGUUGGAGAAGUGACGAUCAGAGGCAGGGAUAAGCCUAUGAAUUUUAACAGGCUAUAUUUUAGCACUGAAUGUUUCCUCCCGACUUGAAUAGGGAUGUGGGUGGCGCUGUGGGUUAAACCACAGAGCCUAGGACUUGCCGAUCAGAAGGUCGGCGGUUCGAAUCCCCAUGACGGGGUGAGCUCCCGUUGCUCAGUCCCUGCUCCUGCCAACCUAGCAGUUUGAAAGCACGUAGAUAAAUAGGUACCGCUCAGGCGGGAAGGUCAACGGCGUUUCCAUGUGCUGCUCUGGUUCACCAGAAGCGGCUUAGUCCCACUGGCCAUAUGACCCGGAAGCUGUACACCGGCUCCCUCAGCCAGUAAAGCGAGAUGAGCGCCGCAACCCCAGAGUCGGCCACGACUGGACCUAAUGGUCAGGGGUCCCUUUACCUUUAGCUAUGUUUCCUCCUGACUUGAAUACCAGUGAUUUCUGUGGACUCUCUUUUCUGAGCAGUGGAUGUUCCACAGGGUUUAGACAUAGGGUGCCUUCUAAGAUUUGUUCUGUUUACGACUAUCCAAGCAGAGCAAAUAAAUCACCCCUACGGCAGGCAGAAAAACUACCUGCAUCAAGGCAGGUUUAUUUAUGUAUGCCUUUUUUUGUGGUUACUGUACACAAAGCGGGUUCAUACCAGAUAAAAACACAGAAUUCAGGUCUCCCAGGAGACCUGCGUGUCUCAAGGCACGUCACCUGCAACUUCCUUCCCUCCCCAAAUGGCAGACCCGGCCCUGGAUUGAUCCCCGGCCCCUGUCUCCCAGAGCUGUCAUUUUCUUUCUUUUUUCUCCCGCCCCCUUUUAAAAAUUAUUAUGUUUAUUGCAAAACAUACAACACAAACAGACAAAAACAAUACCACAAUGACAACUAAACAUUGACUACACUUCAUUUAACAUCACACAUACUUUUGACUUCCAAAUCACCUCGUUGUGCCUUCUAAAUAAUCUUAACCUGUACGCACUUCCUGUUAUAUCUAUUACAUAUCAAGAAAAAAUUUUACUUUUAUGAUUUUCUUUAAUAUGCAAGAUUCAGUCUAUACCUGUCAGGAGAAUUGCAUUUUCACAAUAUUGUUUUAAAUAUUAUUUCAAUAUUGUCCAUACUUUGUUCACUUUCUGAUUUGAGUUUCCUCUUAUUCUCCCUGUCAUUUUUGCAAGUUCCAGGUAUUCUAUCGUCUUCACCUGUCGGUCAAGCUUUAUAGGAAUUAAGUCAAAUUUCCAAUUUUUUGCUACCAGAAUUCUGGCUGCUGUGGUUGCAAACAUAAAGAUGGUUCUAAAGCUUUUUUGGAUUUCAGUGGACAUAAUGCCUAACAGAAAGGCUUCUGGGGUUUUUUUUGGGAAGGAGAGCUGUCAUUUUUAAGGCUUCAGUCAUCUUUAUUUUGUUAAAGGUGGCUGACCGUCGUUUGCACCAAUCGUGCUGGGGCCAAACUCAAAACGGUGAUAUCCUAACCCGGCCAUUUGGCUCUGGAGACGGUUGCUGCAUGUUGGGCAACGAGAUUGUUUGCUCACCGAUGUACAAACCGUGACGGAAUGGAGUAAGUUUGGUGGGGGAAAUGUUCCUGGAAUGCGAAGCACAUGUCUGGCAGAGAAUGAAUUGCAUCAAAUUGAUCCUUGCUGGUGGCUUGUGGUUUGUCUAGGUCUGCCGGCUCUUCUCUUCUCCUUCCCUUUAUAAUACAAUCUCCAUGGUUUGCUGAAUGUAGCUUUCCCAAAGCAAAGGAAAGAUUGGACUCUGAUUAAUAGAAUACACACGAGGCUUGACCAGCAAGACUCUGGGAGGAGUGCCAAUAAUAAUUCCUCUCCACCCCUCGGCCCAGGUCGUUUUAUUCACAAAAGAACUUUUUACACAGUGUUUGUAAGAACCAAUCAGAUUUCCUCUGAGCAUUUCAAAAACCCCACGUGGGACAAAGUCAAAAGUUAAAACUGUUGUUGUUUAGUCGUGUCCGACUCCUCGUGACCCCCUGGACCAGAGCACACCAGGCACUCCUGUCUUCCACUGCCUCCCGCAGUUUAGUCAAACUCAUGCUGGUAGCUUCAAGAACACUGUCCAACCAUCUUGUCCUCUGUCGUCCCCUUCUCCUUGUGCCCUCCAUCUUUCCCAACAUCAGGGUCUUUUCCAGGGAGUCUUCUCUUCUCAUGAGGUGGCUGAAGUCUUGGAGCCUCAGCUUCAGGAUCUGUCCUUCCAGUGAGCACUCAGGGCUGAUUUCCUUCAGAAUGGAUGCGUUUGAUCUUCUUGCAGUCCAUGGGACUCUCAAGAGUUUCCUCCAGCAUCAUAAUUCAAAAGCAUCAAUUCUUUGGCGAUCAGCAUUCUUUGUGGUCCAGCUCUCACUUCCAUGCAGUGAAAAGACCAUAGCUUUAACUAUACGGACCUUUGUUGGCAAGGUCCAACUACAAAGAAACUAUUUCCUACUUGAGCAUGCAUAGUAGUCCAGAGUAAAUAAAAUAGGAGUAAAAGGAGGAAUAAAAUUCAUUCAGCAAAACCCCGGAUGUCAUAAACAGGCAUAAAUAGGAGAGACAGGAUGGCAGUAUUUACCAUCUCCUUGUGAACUCUCUUCCUGGCCCUUAAGAUCUAUCUAAAGAUUAAACUACACCAAAGUAACCUACUUUGUACUGAGGAUGCCUGAUGAAGCAACUGGCCUGUGUUUCAGAAUGCUUAUACGUGCCUGUCAGGUGUAGAGAAAGCAAAUGGCAGAGGUGGAGAGGCUUGUGGGAUUCGAUCAGAAACUAUUGUCAAUGAAUCAAACCGAGUCAACGCAAUUCUUUCAUAUGCCUGUUCCAUAUUUCACAAUUCCUCAUAGCAAUUCCACCUGAGCCCCACACUCUGGAUAUCUGCACCCCUACAGUUGAAAACUCGAUAUAUCAAGAGUGCAUGUUCAGGAUCACUUCCUAAGGGAAGGACUCUGCUCCUGCCUUUUAUGCAGAGGACCCUGGGUUCAAACUCCAGCUUCUCCAAUCCUGGCAAGUUGCAAUGACCAUUUCUUCUUCGUUUCCAGAGAGUUUACUACCUUUCCUUGGAGUUCUACAUGGGCCGGACUCUGCAGAACACCAUGAUAAACCUGGGAUUGCAGAACGCCUGCGAUGAGGCAAUUUAUCAGGUAUGGGGGGGGAGGGGGGACUACUGCAAUGCGCUCUACGUGGGGCUACCUUUGAAGGUGACCCGGAAACUGCAACUACUCCAGAAUGCAGCAGCCAGACUGGUGACUGGGAGCGGCCGCCGAGACCACAUAACUCCAGUCUUGAAAGACCUACAUUGGCUCCCAGUACAUUUCCAAACAUAAUUCAAAGUGUUGGUGUUGGCCUUGAAAGCCCUAAACGGCCUCAGUCCAGGAUACCUGAAGGAGAGUCUCCACCCCCAUUGUUCAGCCUGGACACUGAGGUCCAGCGCCGAGGGCCUUCUGGAGGUUCCCUCCCUGUGAGAAGUGAGGUUACAGGGAACCAGGCAGAGGGCCUUCUCGGUAGUGGCGCCCACCCUGUGGAACGCCCUCCCAGCAGAUGUCAAGGCAAUAAACAACUAUUUUAUUUUUAAAAGAUAACUGAAGGUGGCCCUUUUUAGGGAAGUUUUUAAUGUCUGAUUCUGUGUUGUUUUUAAUACAGUCAUACCUCGGGUUAAAGUUGCUUCAGGUUGAGCGUUUUCAGGUUGUGCUCCGCGGCAACCUGGAAGUAACGGAACGCGUUACUUCCGGGUUUUGCCGCAUGCACAGACGCUCAAAAUGAUGUCAUGCGCAGAAGCGGCGAAUCGCGACCCGCAGACGCGGGUUGUGUUCUCUUCAGGAUGUGAAUGGGGAUCUGGAAUGGAUCCCGUUUGUAUCCAGAGGUACCACUGUAGUAAUAGGUUUGUGAAGGGAAAAAAAAUUAUUAUUAUUAUUAUUAUUGGCAGCAGCACCCGCCAAUCUGACUGAGUUGUCCCAGCCACUCUGGGCAGCUUCUAACAAAUUAAAACACAGUAUAACGUCAGACGUUGAAAACUUCCCUAUACAGAGCUGCCUUCAAAUGUCUUCUAAAAGUCAGUUAGUUGUUUAUUUCCUUGAGAUCUGACGGGUGGGCAUUCCACAGGGCGGGCGCCACUACCAAGAAGGCCCUCUGCCUGGUUCCCGGUAGCUUCACGUCUCACAUUGAGGUAACUGCCAGAAGGCCCUUGGAGCUGGACCUCAGUGUCCGGACUUCAUUUCUUUGGCAAAUGAGCCAGUAUGGGAAGCGAUUCCAGAAAGCAGGUAGCUUGGACGCUCCUGCCUUGGAGCGGAAAGGGUGCCAGACUUGGGAGACCAGGGUUUGAAUCCCCACACUGGCAGACGAAAGUUGCGUCUCAAAUGUCAGGCCGUCUUUAACAUGGGCUGGCGCAGAUGUAAGCUUCUGAAGUUGGUGCUUGUUCCCAGGUCAGAAUCGAGAGGAGAAAGAGUAAUUUGAAACCACUGAGAAGUGAAAUAAAUUUAUCGCCUUACGGAUCUGGUCAUGGGAUGGAGUCGAGCAAGUCUGAGCCUCUUCCUAGAAGCUCCUGGUUUUGCAAAUCCGCUGGCAAGUCAGAUCUGCCUCUGAACACCCGUUCACACAAUGUUUCCCCCCUUGCGUGCACACACAGAUGCGAUUCCCCUUCACCUUUAAAAAAUAAAACUAAUCCUGGAAGUGACAGCCGGUAGUACAAGACUCUGAAAACUUACAAGCGCCAGGCGGGGGAACUUGGCUGAAUUUCCCAGAGGCUUGGUUGCCUCCUAUUUGCCGUUAGAUUUUUUUCCGUUAAUAGCCCACGGCUGAUCUAAACGGUGCCUAAAUCACUUGCACCCUCCCAGAACAAAUUGUGCAGUUGUGUUGUGUAACAGGCCUCAGCCUGCCUGCUGCAAAAAACGUCUGAUUUUGACAGUUGGGCCACCUUCCGUUCCCAUUUUUGUAGGGGUGUGUGUAUUGUGGGGCUUCACUUAUGCUUGAAACACAACUCUUGGGAGCGUUUUGCACAGAGGCGGUGUGGUUUAGUGGUUAGAGUUUUGGGCCGGGACCUGGGAGAACCGGGUUCAAAUCCUUCACUUGGGGAUGAAGCUCAUUGGGUGACCUUGGGGGCAAUCAUCACUACCUCUCAGCCUAUCCUACCUUGCAAGGUUGUUGUGGGGGUUAAAUGAGAUGGGAGGGGGGGAAACCGUGUAUGCUGACUUGAGUACCUUGGAGUAAAAUGUGGGCUAUAACUGAAAUAAACAAAUCUCUAUAUGUGGCUCUUUAGCUGGGGCUGGACAUUGAAGAACUAGAGGAGAUUGAAGAAGAUGCCGGCCUGGGCAAUGGAGGCCUUGGCAGACUUGCAGGUAAGUGAGGAACCAUAGAAGUUGUAGAGUUGGAAGGGACCCCCAGCGGUCAUCUAGUCCAACCCCUGCUAUGCAGGAAUAUUAGCUGAAAGAAUCCCUGAGACUUUGACAUCCAAGUUCCAUUGAAAGCAUUAUGCUACCACUUUAAGCAGUCAGGACCCCUCCCCACAAGGAAUUCUGGGAACUGUAGUUCAUUAAGAGCGCUGAGAGGUGUUAAGAGAUUCAUAUUCCCCUGGGAGAGCCGCAAUUCCCAGUGUUCCCUCUUCGGAGGGAUCGAUUGCUAAACCACUCUGGGAAUUAUAGUUCUGGGAGGGGCGUACAAGAUUUCUCUCGGCAGCCUCCACAAACGACAGUUUCCAGAAUUAUUUGAGGGGAGCCGUGAUUGUUUGAAGUGGUAUCGUGGUGCUUUCAAUGUGUGUUGUGAAGGUGGCCAGCCCGUAACUUCUCAAAACUCAUCUCUGCUUCAGCUAGUGAGCGCCUUGAAGCCCGGGUUCAAAUGAGAAAACACGGGUGUGAAUCACGAGGCCAUUUCCAAUCAUGCAUAGGAAACUAAUCUGAGCAAAAAUGAACCGUCUUUCUUGGUUCAGAAAUACCAGAUUUUCUUGGCGCCAGUUCACAAGGACUCCGUUAAUUUAUGAAACAAUAUUUAUUUAUUUUAUAUGUUUUGUAAAAUUUACACACCUCUUGAUUGUAGGGGGGCCUCAAAGCGGUUUCCAAAAAAUAUAAAACAAUAAGAUUAUGACUUUUUGAAAAAUCAAAACCAUAAUUUAAACCAUGCAAAAAGUUCAAGCCACAAAAGACUAAAAGAAAUUAAAAUUCCUACAAGUUUUCUGAACAUUUGAGUAAGGUAAGGUAAAGGGGCCCCUGACCAUUAGGUCCAGUCCUGGCCGACUCGGGUUGUGGCGCUCAUCUUUCUUUAUUGGCCGAGGGAACCGGCAUACAGCUUCCGGGUCAUUAUUAAGCCGCUUCUGGUGAACCAGAGCAGCGCACAGAAACGCCGUUUACCUUCUCGCCGGAGCGGUACCUAUUUAUCUACUUUGCACUUGUCUCUGCUCCUGCCAACCUAGCAGUUCAAAAGCACACCAGUGCAAGUAGAUAAAUAGGUACCGCUCCGGCGGGAAGGUAAAUGGCAUUUCCGUGCACUCUGGUUUCCGUCACGGUGUUCUGUUACGCCAGAAACGGUUUAGUCCUCCUGGCCACAUAACCCAGAAAGCUGUCUGCGGACAAACGCCGGCCCCUCAGCCUGAAAGCGAGAUGAGUGCCGCAACCCCAUAGUCUCCUUUGAUUGGACUUAACCAUCCAGGGGUCCUUUACCUUUACCUUUUUGUGGUUGGAACUGAGCCCAGCCCUGCCUCUCCUUCCACAGCCUGCUUCCUCGAUUCGAUGGCCACCCUUGGGCUCGCAGCCUACGGUUAUGGGAUACGCUAUGAGUACGGCAUAUUCAACCAGAAGAUCAGAGACGGAUGGCAGGUAACCUCGAAGCCUAAAUGUGUAUGAUAUGAAGCACGGCACAGUUUAUACCACUGUGUUGUGCAAGAAAAGACAGCCUACAUUGCUAUUGGUGAAGGAAGUGCGCAAUAUAUUUUAUUGUGUGCACGUAUCUCGGAGUUUACUCACAAGCUUCCUAGCUUGCAUUGUGGCGAAAUGCUUUCAUGAGCUUUGCGCAUAAGUGGGCAUGGGUGCGCAUGAGCUUUCCCCAGCCUGGCGCAUUCCAGAAGUUUUGGAUUAUGGCUCCUGUCAGUCAACUGAUUGAUUGAUUGAUUGAUUGGUUUUCACAUAUUACAUUACAAAAGCCAACACCAUUUCCUCCCCAUCCCCCCAUACAUUUACAUUUAUAUUUCCUCAAUAUUAUUCUUUUUCUCCUUCCUCCCACUUCCCUCCGCCCCCACUCGAUUUCCUCCACAUUCUACAAUUUACAAUAAUCUUUGCAUUCUACAGUCUUCUCAAAUCAGUCUUGUCAAAUCAUUCCUUACUAAUUUUUCUUCCAUCCAGUACUUCACAUUUUAAUCUAGGCAUAUUAGCAUAUCUUUUUUUGAGCAAUAUUUUGCCAUAUAUUCAUCAAAACAUUUCCACUCCUUUUUUAAUUUUUGAUUUGACUGAUUUCUUAUUAUAGCAGUUAAUUUUGCCAAAAUUAAAUAUUCAUUUAGUUUACAAAUCCAUUCCUCCUUUGUGGGUGUAGUUUGUGACUUCCACCUAGCAGCAAUCACUAUUCUAGCAGCUGUACUUGCAUAUAGAAAAAUCCCCCCCCCCCGUGGUAUCUUUUCAUCUAUCAAUCCAAGGAGAUAUGUCUCUGGUUUCUUUGUUAUUGAUAUUUUCAACAUCUUCUUUAGUUCUUCAUGUACUACUAUCCAAAAUUUCUUAAUUUCAUCACACCUCCACCACAUAUAUAUUGUUGUUCCUAUUUCUCCACCACAUCUCCAACAGAGGUUGGGUUUCAAUUUAUAUAUCUUUGCCAACUUAACUGGCGUUAAGUACCACCUAUAGAACAUCUUUACAAAAUUUUCUUUUAAUUCUAUACGAGGCAGUAAAUCGUAUUGUGGCUCCUGUCAGUCUUAGCCAACAUGGCUGAGUUGUAGAAUUAAUCAUAAGAGUUGGAAGAGACCUCGAGGGUCAUCCAGUCUAACCCCCUGCAACGCAGGAAUAUGCAGCUGUACCUUCCGGGCAUCAAACCUGCAACCUUGGCGUUAUCAGUCUCUAACCAGCUGAGCUAUCCAGGCUGUAGUCCAAAACAAGUGGAGGCCACCAGGUUUAUUUAUUUUGAAGGAUUACAAAGCCUUUUGAUAUUUUAAGAGCGGAAGAAGAGACUGCUGGAUCAGACCUGCGGCCCAUCUAGUCCAGCCUCCUGUUCUCACAGUGGCCAACCAGAUGCCUGUGGGAAACCUUCAAGCAGGAUUCGUCUCCCCUCCUGCGGUUUCCAGCAGCUGCUGUUCAGAGACAUUUACUGCCUCUGACCGUGGACGCAGAGCCUAGCCAUUGCGGCUAGUAGCCACCAACUGCCCUCUCCUCCUCCCUGAAUUCGUCUAAUCCUCUCUUAAAGCCAUUCAAGUUGGUGGCCAUCACUUUCUCCUGUGGCAAUGAGUUCCAUAGUUCAACGAUGUGCUGCAUGAAGGACUUUUAUCUGCCCUGAAUCUUCCAAUGUUCACCUGCAUAGUUUCAUCAGCUUCUACCGUGUCGCCGUUUAAUCGUCUCUUUUCUAAGAUCAAAAGUCCCGAAUGCUGAAACCUUUCCUCUCUCUUCCCUUGAUAAUUUUGGUUUCCCUUUCCUGAAAAACCUUCCCAACUCUAUAUCAUCCUUUUUAGGCUGUGAACUCUGUGUGUGUGUGUGUGUGUGUGUGUGUGUGUGUUUGGUAAAUAGUUGUAGGGGCCCCUCCUGCUUCUUUCAAAGGCUUCCAGGGAGUAGGCUGGGACAAUGAUUAACAGAAAAUAAUCUGGCAAACUGAUAACUGGAGUUCAGGGAGGAGAUCACAGACUAGAUGUGCAUAGGCUAAUUUACCUUGGAUUGAUAAGAGUGACUUCCCUGGGCUAGGUCUCAAAGGGGGGAGCAGAGAGGAGAGAGGGGCCCAUUGCAUCACCUCCAAACACGCUCAAGGGAAUCUUCAGUGCAAAGGGCAAUUAGCUCUCAUUGGGCUAGUACAGAGGAAAGAGCUCUGGGAUUCUUCCUUUAGGUGUAAAUUUCUGCCUUUUCAUGUGCUGGGAAGUCCCAGCAAGUUCAGGGAUCUGAGCCAACUUUUCUUGGCAGGAUUUUGGCGCACGGUUACGCCCUUCCGGGAGGCUCUGUGACGCCCUGAGCAAUGUGUAUAACAGGGUUCAGGAAAAGCCUUAGAUGACUUCAGCUCUGGCCAGCAGAAGGAGAGAGCUCCAGGUUCUUCUGUAAUAAUUAUAAUUAUAAUUAUAAUUAUAAUUAUAAUUAUAAUUAUAAUUAUAAUUUUAUUUAUACCCCGCCCUUCCCAGUUCGAAAACUGGGCUCAGGGCGGCUAACAACAAAUUUAAAACACUUUAAAACACUUAAUUAUAAAAGCAGUAUAAAAACAUGAAUAACAAUAAAAAUAAAAAAUUAGUUAGAUAAUCCCCAGGGCUAGCUGGCUGAAUUGGUCCUACUUGGGCCAGCGAGGUGGUCAGGGGAGAAUUAGCUGUGGGGUCUUAGAGCAGGUGAUCUUCAUAAAAGGGGAGGGGGAGGGAAGAGAAGGGAAGAGAAGGGAGAUAAAAGAUCAGGCUGAAUUCAAAUUAAAGUCCAGGCGGAAUAGUUCUGUCUUACAGGCCCAACAGAAGGAGGUUAAAUCCUGAAGGGCCCUGGUCUCAUGGGACAGAGCAUUGCACCAGGUCGGAGCCAUCCCUGAGAAGGCCCUGGCCCUGGUGGAGGAUAGUCUGACUUCCUUAAGGCCCGGGACCUCUAAACUAUGGUUAUUCAUGGACCUUAAGGUCCUCUGCAGGGCAGACCAGGAGAGGCGGUCCCGUAGAUACGAGGGCCCUAAGCAAGGUUUGUUGAGGUUUUAUUGCUGUGAGCCACUCUUAACUUGCACUCAAGUUGCAUAUGCGCAUAGAAUAAAACUCCCUAUCCUAAAGAUGCCACAGUUUCUGCUGGUCCUCAUUCCAAGGAAACAAAACCUGGGGGAGCACCUGCAACCUCUUGCGUGCUUCACUUUUGCUUCCAACCCACCCCCUUUCACCCUUCGCACAGCACCCCAUCCAUAGCUGUCCACUUACAGAUUUGAAAAUAAGGGACCAGCAGCCUCGAAAAUAAGGGAUCAGCAGCCAAAAUAAGGGAUUUUAGUCAACCAGCAGCCAAACGAAGCCUCAAGCGGUGGUUCCCACAGCGCAGCAACCCGGCAAAGGGGAUGCAGCAAGGGAAACCACCGUCACCUCUCCGCUGGGAAGCGCUGAGCAAAGGCGAGUCCCCAGCAAUGCGGCCGAUUUGAUUGGCACAAGGCAUGCAAGCUCCACCCCCCAGUCGUUCUUAGACUCCUUAUUGGGUGAGCAACACAGCCAAGCAACACAGUUGGAGCCUCCCUCCUCCCUGGCCGGCAGGGAGGGAGGGAGAGGAGCUGCUUCCUUUGAAACCCAGGAAAUUUAAGGGACAUCAUCAAUAAGGGACAGCAGCGGGACACGGCACUGGGAUAAGGGACUUUCCCACCAAAUAAGGGACAGUUGACAGCUAUGACCCCAUCCCUUUGGGUCUUUUGUUCUCCUUGUCACCCUCUGCUUAUGGGCAAAAGCUGCAUGUAUGAAUGAGACCGGGUCUGAACUGUUUACCAGCAUUGCCAAGCAUGUAGUCCUCAGUUCCUUGCCAAUUCCCUCCCCAAUUUUUUUUACAUACUUGUUGUACAAAUUGCUAGAAAACUAGAGUUUGAAGGGGGCGGUGAAGAUGAACGAAGAAUAGGUUGGUCUGCCUUAAAGAACUCGAAGCAAAACCAAAUCGGCAGGGAACCUUUUUCUUGAAACUUGCCUUGUGAUAGUUACUAACCUGCUAGUUUUAAAGGGAAGGUGGGAUAUAUUUUGGGAGGAUAAGAAUGGCGGUCAUGAUUUCAAAAAUGCUUGAUUAUUCACAUGUUGUUAUCAGUCCUCUUACUGUAUAAAAUGUUAUGAGAACAUUUCUUUAAACUCCAAGCUUAACCAAACACUGGGCGUGAAUUUAGGGGUUAUAUAACACUAACUCUAAAGGAGUCUGUUCCAUAUGUGUUUUCGUGCGUAACUCUUCCUCUGUGCCGUAUUGUCAUUUCCGUGAAUGACACUGAUCUUGACAUGGUAUUGUCUGGUUCUCAUGCUCAUCCUGAUAGUUUUCUCUUUCUAGGUGGAGGAAGCUGAUGAUUGGCUAAGACACGGGAACCCCUGGGAGAAAGCCCGGCCAGAAUACAUGCUUCCCAUUCAUUUUUAUGGAAGGGUGGAGCACACCCAGACCGGCGUGAGAUGGAUCGACACCCAGGUACUGGGAGACGGGGCACCUCCAGGGUCUUGCUUGUGGGGAGGGAGGAAGUUCAACUCCCCAUAGCCAAAAAGGUUACAGUGGUGUCUCGCAAGACGAAAUUAAUUCGUUCCGCGAGUUUUGUCGUCUUGCGAAGCACGGUGUCGGGAAAGUUUUGGAAAAGCUUCAAAAAUCACCAAAGUCUUUAAAAACCUCAAAAAAGGCUACCACACCGCGUGCUAUGAGUUGCUCCUCGAAGUCAAGUCGCAACUGUAUUAACAGUGUUAAGAAAAAGGAAACAAACUUGCAAGACGUUUCCGUCUUGCGAAGCAAGCCCAUAGGGAAAAUCAUCUUGCGAAGCAGCUCAAAAAACAAAAAACCCUUUCGUCUAGCGAGUUUUUUGUCUUGCGAGGCAUUCGUCUUGCGAGGUACCACUGUAGUGGGUGGUCUUAUUUGCCUCACCCAGUAGGGAAGGGGGAUAGAUAGGGUUCCAUUUCUGUUUUAAUGGGAAACAACCUGAUUUGUACUUCUUGAACCAAUACAGUGGUACCUUGAUACCCAAACGCUGAAAACCCGGAAAUAAGUGUUUUGGUUUUCGAAUGUUUUCAAACAUCCGAUGCGGCUGUUGGCUAUUGUUUCCCAAAUCAGAAGCUGCACCUUGCUUUUCAAACAUUUCGGAAGUCAAACGGACUUCUGGAACAGAUUAAGUUUGACGGUUUUGUUUUUGCUGUUUUGCGUUUUUGUUUUUGAGGCUUUUUCGGUUAAUUUGUUUUUGUGACUGUGUGGAACCCAGUUCAACUACUGAUUGAUUGAUUGAUUGAUUGAUUGAGUGACUGCAGAAAUGGAUAAAAGCCCCUCAUCCAAACAAUGACCAUCAUCAGUACAAAUAAGAAAAAAUAAUAUCAUCUACAAUACCAUCUUAUUUAUUUUAUAAUACAGUACUAUAAUGAGUAUGGGUUGCUCGUGCGUAAGUUGCCGUCUCUCCUGGCUAUGUUGCCUUGUUAAACCUUUCUGUCUGGACAGCCCUUCAAUUCGUGGCUGCCUCAGUCGCUAGCAGAAUCCGUCAGUGGGCGUUUCUUAAACCUCUUCCAACAUAAAAGUUGUUUGACGCCAAGUCUCCUCCUACUCUCCCUGCGCGGAAGCCUUUUGCGCAGGGAGGGCGUGGGUAGCGGAGGACCCGUGCUCUCCCCGCUGGUGUCCAGUGAAGAGUCCUGGAGCCCUCUCGCCGAUUCCCCAUCUGCCCCCUUUAUCCCUGGUGUAACGUUGAUUUGCUUCCCCCUCUGCUGAACUGCCUCUCUCCCUGCUGGGCCCUUCUCCAGCAUCAUUUGAGAGCCUUCCCUCCACCUCAGGCUCCGAUGUCAGUUCCCUGACAAGUACAUUGAUUAUUGCUUUCAUUUUAUGGAUCAAUGGUCUCAUUAGAUAGUAAAAUUCAGGUUAAAUUGCUGUUUUAGGGGUUGUUUUUAAAAGUCUGGAACGGAUUAAUCCGUUUUGCAUUACUUUCUAUGAGGAAAGCGUGCCUUGGUUUUGGAACGCUUUGGUUUUGGAAUGGACUUCCGGAACGGAUUAAUUUUGAGAACCAAGGUACCACUGUAAUGUGAUUUUCAUUCGAAAUUUGCCCUGAAUUUUGCAGUGCCACUGUUUAACCAAAUAAUGUGUGCAAGAGCUUGCAUAGAUGAGUGAAAGUAACACAUAAACACACAUUAUACAGUGGUACCUCAGGUUACAGACACUUCAAGUUACAGACGCUUCAGGUUACAGACUUCGCUAACCCAGAAAUAGUCCCUCGGGUUAAGAACUUUGCUUCAGGAUGAGAACAGAAAUCGCGCAGCGGCGGCAGCGGGAAGCCCCAUUAGCUAAAGUGGUGCUUCAGGUUAAGAACAGUUUCAGGUUAAGAACAGACCUCCAGAAUGAAUUAAGUUCUUAACCUGAGGUACCACUUUGCAAAUGUGUGUGUGUAGGGAGAAAUUCAUACUGAAAUGGCUGAUGGGUUUCCAUGAGGACUUUUUUUUAAAAAAAUUAAAACUGGAGAAAUGAGAAAAUGGCACAUUUGUUCAAUUAGAUGGCCUUUGUUGGGCUCACCUCCAGAAUCUGGCUUGUUACGAUAGAGGUGCCCUGCAAGAUGUUGACCCCUCCUAUGAAGGAGACCUGUGUCUGAAAGGAUGGGGGCACUGGUGGUGGUGGGGUCUCUUGGCCAGCCCCUCCCUGGGAGGGCACCAUUCAACAAAGCUGAUGCCUCUAGGCCUUUUCUCUCCCCAGGUGGUCCUGGCUUUGCCCUACGACACCCCAAUUCCUGGCUACAUGAACAACACGGUCAACACCAUGAGAUUGUGGUCAGCUCGGGCUCCCAACGAUUUCAACCUCCGCGACUGUAAGCGUUUUUGUUCUGUUCGCAAGAAUAUUUAUAUACUGCUUUUCUUAAAACCAUAUACAGUGGUACCUCGGGUUACAUACGCUUCAGGUUACAGACUCUGCUAACCCAGAAAUGGUGCUUCAGGUUAAGAACUUUGCUUCAGGGUGAGAACAGAAAUUGGGCUCCGGCGGCGCGGCGGCAGCAGGAGGCCCCAUUAGCUAAAGUGGUGCUUCAGGUUAAGAACAGUUUCAAGUUAAGAACAGACCUCCGGAAUGAAUUAAGUACUUAACCCGAGGUACCACUGUACAGUCAUACCUCAUGUUACAUUUGCUUCAUGAUACUUUUUUUCAGGUUGCGUCCCGCGGUGACCUGGAAGCACCAGAAAGGGUUACUUCCGGGUUUCGCUGCUCGUGCAUGCGCAGAAGUGCUAAAUUGCACUUUGCGCAUAUGCACAAGUGCCAAAUCACGCUGCGCACCUGCGCAGAUACUGCGCUUCAGGUUGUGGGCUUUUCAUGUUGCGAACGGGCCUCUGGAACGGAUCCCGUUUGCAACCAGAGGUACCACUGUACAACAAUUAUACACAAAACUGGGCAAUACACAAAGCAUAUACAAGAAGUUAAAAUCAGAAAACAACUAGGAGCUAUUCUUAAUUGCCUGCGUAGGCCUGGAAAGUGUGGGAAUGUUGAGGGUGGCAGGAGAGGAUAUAUUGAUUAUUAAUAUCCUUCCUAACUUGCACCAGCAUGUUUCUUUAUAUAGCAGAGUUACAUUCCCCUACUUAUGCAGCAGAAAGCUGGUUGCAAACUCGUGUGAGCCUAUUAAGACAACAAGCAAUUCAAUCUGGCUUGCCCAGAUUGAGAUAUGUUCUAUUGUUCCCGGUAAGUCACAUUUGAUACCUCCUAAAAGAAUAAAGACACAACAGUCUUAUUCAUAAGUAACAAAAAGUAGUUUUACUCAUGAUCAGGCAGAGCAGUGUGUGAUCCCUGAAGGCAGGCUUUAGGCUUAAAGUUACAAAUAUGUACAGGUUUACCCCAUAUGGGAGAUAACCUGGGGGACUGCUGGCCACCAGAACAGUCCAGGUGAAUCAGGAAGUUCGCAGGACGAAAAAGAAGAUGAAGAGAGGGAGGUGGUUGCGUGACUUGGCCUUUUACCGGGUUUGGAAAGGUCACGCCCACCUACUAGUCACAUGCAAGGAAGGAUGUCCCAGCCAAGUGUAACAGGAAGUUCAACUGACUGGACCAACAUCCCCUGCAUGACCACUCUAGCAAAACAAGGAAUGUUGUACCUGACUGCUCCCAGUGGAUUACAUCCCACAGAAAGGUUUUCAGCAGGUGUUUAAAAGGUGGCCCAGAAGGCUGAAGUUCUAGUGGGAAAGAGUUCCACAGGGCUGUUGGCGCUAAAGGUUCGGUUUUCUGUUGUUGUCAAACGAGCCUCAGCAAUUUGGGGAAUGACCAGCCACACUGCUGCCAAUCUCACUCAUCGAGUUCGGAUGUUUGAGAUAGGGAUAAAUUGCCUCUUUUUUGGCUGUAGUCACAGAGUGUCUAGAAAUAGCCACCUUGUUUCCUUUCCCUUUUCGCUGUCUUGCUCUGCCUAGCUGUUGUCAGAUAGCUGAUUGGAAAAUUCUCAUUAGCCUCCUCCUUGCUCCCCGCUCCCCACCCCACCGCCGGCCACAUCUCUGACCAACUGGUUCCUGGAUUCACUUUUCAAAGAAGUCAGCUGUUGGGCCACAGUUAAAUUUCUAUAACAUUUUGGCCGCCUUUCAGCCGCCUGAGAUUUUAGUCACCAAAUGCUUCCAAGAAAAUUGUCACCGUUACAAAGGACUAGAAACUUGAGGUGGAUGGAUGGGAGGGGAACAAGAAGGAAGCUGAGACUGCACGCUCCCUGCCACACACCAUGGAUUUCUUAAGUUGACAGCUUGUUUUUUCCUCCCCAAACCUUUUUCCUAGUCAACGUUGGCGAUUACAUUCAGGCUGUGCUGGACAGAAACUUGGCUGAGAACAUUUCCCGCGUCCUUUACCCAAAUGAUAACGUAAGUCCCUGGGUGCAGAAAAGCAGCCUUCCUCUUGUAGAUGUGUGAGAGGGGUUGCUUGGGAGAGAGGGAGGGAGAGUGUCAGCCUUUCAGAACCAAACAAGGAAAUGAUUUGAGCCUUCUUACAGGCUCAUAAUUCUGGAUGCACGAAGUGUCCUCAUAACAGAUCUGGGAAUGGGCUUUGUCACCGAGUUCUUGGCUGGGAGUCUGCCUCAAGCAGGCUUCAAAAUAUGUUCAUCUGGAGUGUUCUGCAAGAGCAGCUCUCAGUGCCAGACCUCCAACUCUCACCUCUCCCACAAAAGCGGCAAUUUAAUUCCCUGCGUCUUUAGCUGCAGACAGGAACAGGUCUUCACUAAAGCAUCAUCUGUCUCUUGUUCCCGAUUGUGCUUUGGGCUUCAGUUGGUCUUCACCAACCUGGUGCUCUCCAGAUGUUUUGGGACUGGUGGGCAUUGUGAUCUGCAACAUCUGGAGGGCACUGGAUUGGAGAAGGUUGCCUUACACGAAUGUGCCUGGUGUUCACCCCAUCUUUGCACACCCAGGUUUAGUCGGUUACUUCUGCAAAUAUCACAUAAACCACAAGUUGCUGCCGCAUCAAACUGUGGUUUGUGCAAUCCCACCAAACCAGGAUUGCAAAGCAUGUAUUAGGUAAAGGUAAAGGGACCCCUGACCAUUAGGUCCAGUCGUGACCGACUCUGGGGUUGCGGCGCUCAUCUCGCUUUCUUGGCCGAGGGAGCCGGCGUAAAGCUUCCGGGUCAUGUGGCCAGCAUGACUAAGCCGCUUCUAGCGAACCAGAGCAGCGCAUGGAAACGCCAUUUACCUUCCCGCCGGAAAGGUACCUAUUUAUCUGCUUGCACGUUGACGUGCUUUCGAACUGCUAGGUUGGCAGGAGCAGGGACCGAGCAACGGGAACUCAUCCCGUUGCGGGGAUUCAAACUUCCGACUUUCUGAUCAGCAAGCCCUAGGCUCUGUGGUUUAACCCACAGCGCCACCCGCGUCCCUAAAGCAUGUUAUAUAUUUAUUUAUUUAUUUAUUUAUACCCCACCCAUCUGGCUGGGUUUCCCCAGCCACUCUGGGCAGCUUCCAACAAAAUAUUAAAAUACAAUAGUCUGUUAAACAUUAAAAGCUUCCCUAAACAGGGCUGCCUUCAGAUGUCUUCUAAAAGUCUGGUAGUUGUUCUUCUCUUUGACAUCUGACGGGAGGGCGUUCCACAGGGCGGGUGCCACCACCGAGAAGGCCCUCUGCCUGGGUUCCCUGUAACUUGGCUUCUCGCAGCGAGGGAACUGACAGAAGGCUCUCGGCGCUGGAACUCAGCGUCCGGGCAGAAUGAUGGCGGUGGAGACACUCCUUCAGGGAUACUGGGCCGAGGCCAUGUUGGCAGACCAUGUUGGUUUUGGAGGGACCACCUGAGCAACAGUCUCUCGGGUUAGAUGUGAUGGUCAACGGUGUGUGAAUCGGUUACUUGCGAUAUUCGCAGAAACCAGGGCUCACAAGGGGUGCAUCUCAAGACUCAGCUUAUGUAAUGGCAAACCAUUGUUGGGGGUUACAUGUGCACCAAAGUAUGUGGAACAUUUAAUAGGUCCCUGCAACUUUUUCAUUCUUAAGGACCCCCUAAACUUAAGGCAUCUCACGAGAUUAAUAAACAAAUUGAGAGUCUUUUGCCUUCCUGACUUCUGUUCCUCUGAGACGUUACUAGUGUCGGAUUUACGUAUAAGCUAAACGAGCUCUAGCUUAGGGCCCCACUCUCUUGCGGGUCCCAAAAAAUUUAAAGGAAAACAAACAAUGAACAUUUCCAAAAUAUAAGAUAAAAAACAAAUAAAAUAAAACCUACAUACAGUAAUAGUGUUUUGUGUUGUGUAGGCUCCUGUGAUGUAAGUCAUGGGCCCCGCCUGCUAGCCUGCUCCCUAAAAUAUCACUGGUUUGCUCCUUUCUAUAUAUAGGGUGCCUACACAGAGCCUAGGACUUGCCAAUCAGAAGGACGGCGGUUCGAAUCCCCUCGACGGGGUGAGCUCCCGUUGUUCAGUCCCUGCUCCUGCCAACCUAGCAGUUCGAAAGCACGUCAAAGUGCAAGUAGAUAAAUAGGUACCACUCCGGCGGGAAGGUAAACGGCGUUUCCGUGUGCUGCUCUGGUUUGCCAGAAGCGGCUUAGUCAUACUGGCCACAUGACCACAUGAGCUGUCUGCAGACAAACGCCGGCUCCCUCGGCCUAUAGAGCGAGAUGAGCGCGCAACCCCAGAGUCGGUCACAACUGGACCUAAUGGUCAGGGGUCCCUUUACCUUUACAUUCUGCAUGGACUGGUUGCAUGGCAACAUGGGCAAAUGGUUUUAGAUACCUAUCAGGUCCAUCAAUUACCAUAUAACUUAUAUUCAACACAAAAAACAGCAACAAUUUGUUGUUGCCAAAGGACAGCUGGACAUAUCAAGGGCCCCAUUACCUUCAGUAGCUGAGGGCCUCAUCAAACCUAAAUCCGGCCCUGGACGUCACCAUGAGGACUGGAAACAAAACACUCAAACUCUCAAGCAGCAAAUAGUUAUUGGGAAAUACAGUAGUUACUGGCUUGCUGAAACAGGAGGGUGCUGGGUUGUUUUUCAAAGACAAAGUGGGGGGCCUUUGUGUGCGAAUGUUUUCCUGUUGCUUUCUCAGCCCUUGAGCUGUUUCAGGCAUUUGACAUUGUCUUGUUCACCCCUCGCUGCCGCAGCCGGCACACCUGGUGAGGAGAGCUCUGUGUAGAUCUGUAACUUUGGUGUGGCAGAUUCGUUGGCAUCGCUCCCUGACCACCUCAACCUUCGCCUGUGACGUAUUUCUGUGCUUCUCCCUGCUCUUGAAUUCUCACUGAGGUGGCAAACCUAUCUCCAGAUUGUCCCCCUGAAUGUGGAGGGAGCGUUGCGGGGAGGGAUCUUCCUCCAAACCUUAAAAGUCCCUGCCUUUAGAAAGCUAGCCUCUCAAGGAAAGGGAUUCUUGCCCUCGCUGAUAUGCCAUUUGUCAGCAUGGAAGGGGUGUGUGUGUGUGUGUUUAUAUGGAGGAGUAUCUGAAAUGUUUACUGCCUACACAAGUUUACUGCCUCUGUGAGAACGAGCCUAGAAAUCCUUUUUGUGUCUUGAUUUUUCACACCUGUGUCAUUGCUUAGCCUAGCUUCUUUGCUGUUAAUGGGGGAGGGGGGGAUCUGAUGGAAAUAAUACUGAGUUUUUUUCUUUAGACAUCCAAAUGCUUUUAGGGCAGUCAUGUGUGAUCCCACUUAACUAUACUGCUUAGGCCUGAGAAUGAUUUGGGACGGUCAAACUGCUUCACUUCCCAUUGGUAAUAUCCUGUAACUCCUUGCUAAAAUCCAGCAACUUUUCACGCCACAAAUGUUCGGGGUGGGGGGUGGGAUUCUGCAAAGUUUUGCUAUAAUAGCCCCCAGUGUGGUAGCAUCGGGGAAGCAUCACAGAUUAACUAAUAAAGCAGAAUAAAUCUGCCACUGAUCCACUAUUAUUGUGUUAAUAUGACCAUUGUAAAGCACUAAAGCAGGCAUGUCUAACCAGUCGAUCGCGAUCUACUGGUUCAUGGUCGAUCCUUGUCGAUCAUGGGAUCCUGAUCGAUCACCAGCCAGAAAGGGGGGAAAAACAGGGAAAAAACCUCAACAACUUUGAUGACGCCUCCCCCCCAAAAAAACUCAACAACUCUGUGCAAUCCUGGAUAGAUCAGUGCCAGUUUUUUCAUACUGGGAGUAGGUCAGUCUCUUGGGAGUUGGACGUGCCUCUCUUUCCAUGAAUUUGGAAUAUUCUUUUUAGGUUGGGGGGGGGGAAGGUUGAAUCAGGAUUUCUAGGGACUGGAAAUCCAAAUUUCAUUUCUUUGAACAGCUUUCACCAGGAGCACACAGUUGCUUACCUUGUGGCGACAGCAAUUCUUUCCUUAAAAAAUAAUUUUAAAAAAUCAGGCAACUAGGUUUGAAAAUUGAAACCGAUUCAUUGGCUGUUAGAUCGUGCUAGAUCCCUGCAAUGCCUUAACUAGUGCCGAAACACUCAAGCCUGCCUCAGUUCAAUGAAUCUCUCGCAUUUCAAAAUUGCAGUCCACACCUUGGGGGUCAGGAUAUGGAGUGAAGUGGCCAACUUCUCUACGCGAAACCCAAAAUUUUUGCUCAGUCCCUCAUUUAAUUUCCCCAGAAGAUUUUUAGUUUUUUAAAAAAAUAAAAUUCUAGUCUGCUUCAUACAGUUUGUGUUCAUCAUUUCAACAACUGUUUCAGCUCUAGUUAUCCCCUUGAGGCUAAAUUCUACAAGUGCCAUGGCAAUACAGAGUUAACACUUUUGAUAUGCAGUUAAAGAGAUGCUUGAUAAGUUUAAUUCGCCGCCAUGUGUCGUCUGGGUCCCCUCUGAUUCCAAAGACCCUUCUUUUGCGACUCAUCACCAAACUUCUUUCGGUUAUCAGCCCAUCUCAAAUAUUAUUAUUAUUAUUAUUUAUUUCAUUUCUAUACCGCUUUAUAUUUUAAAGAAAAACCUCAAAGCGGUUUACAGCAUACUAAAACACCAAUAAAACAAUCCGGAAUCAAACAUUAUUGAAGAAAGUCAAAUGUGGCGUAUGCAGUCAAAGCAACAUAAUUAACAGAAAACUAAAAUAUUAUCUUAAAGAUUUCAAAAUAAAACAUUACAGAGGAGGUCAGCUGCAGAAUACAUAUUUAACACAAACAAAGUUAACCCAAAAAACCACAAAAACUUAAAUGUUUCCAAAAAAAAAAAAGCAAAAACCAAAACCAUUGCUAAGUGAAGUCAAAUAUAAAAUAUCUCGUCCAUCCCCAAAAUUCCCUUUGGAUUAUUCACGGAAUAGUAAAGGUUAAAGUGCUUUGGGAAAUGAAAGGUAUAUUUUUUAGCAUUUCUACAGUCAUUUUUGUACACAAAGUGAUUUGCAGUCCUCUCCCCAAAGCCGCCCUGUGCAAUGAAUUCACAGUUGCUCCCAGUUUACUCCCCAGCUGUGAUGGGAGUUGUAGCCCAAACAUCUGGAAAGGGGGUGGACCAGCUUAUGGCAAAGGCUGCACUAGGACAAGCCACACUGUUCAACAGAUAAGUACCUUGCCUGGUGUGUCUUAUUAUCAAUGUUCCCAAUGGGACGUUCCUCUCCAUCUUUGCAGUUUUUCGAAGGAAAGGAGCUGCGCUUGAAGCAAGAAUACUUUGUGGUGGCUGCAACCCUGCAGGACAUCAUCCGGCGGUUCAAAGCCUCCAAAUUUGGGAGCACCGAAAGCGUCCGGACUGCUUUUGAUUCCUUUCCAGACCAGGUAGUUUUGUGUGUGUGUGUGUGUGUUGGCUUUCACACAAAAAUCAUCUUCUUCUUUGGCGAUCCCUUGUAGCUAUGUAAGAUUGUCUUCCAUGAACACAGUUUCAACAAUGAGUCCGUAAGUGGCUGUGGAGGCCAAAUCUGGAUCCACACGUCCUUCCACAGUGGCGACAUUGGUUCCCGGGCGGGAGUUGAUCAUGGUGAGGGUUUGCCAAGCGUGCCUUCCUCUUAGGACAUUUCUCCCUUGCGUCCUGAGUUCGAGUGUCUUCAAAGUCCAUGACACCUUUGGUAAAGGCUGCUCACCAGUUGGAGCGCUCGCAGGCAAGUGUUCCAAGUUAUUGGUGUUUAUACAGUGAAACCUCAGGUUGCGGACAAUGUCCGUGACGGAGGCACGUCCGCAACCCACAGCGUUCGUAACCUCCAGUGCUGUGUCUGCGCACGCACGUGAUGUGAUUUUGUGCUUCUGCGCAUGCAUGAAGUGCAAAUUCAUGCUUCUUCAUGAGCAGCAAAACCCAAAAGUAACCCUUUCCGGUACUUCCGGGUUUCCCGCGGUCCGCAACCUGAAAACACGUAAUCCGAAGUGUUUGUAACCCGAGGUACCACUGUACUACAUUUUUUUAAAAAUUGCCUUGAGAGAGUCUUUAAGCCUCUUUUGUUGACCACCAGCAUUACGCUUUCCAUUUUUAAGUUCGGAAUAGAGUAGUUGCUUUGGAAGACGAUCAUCAGGCAUCUGUACAACAUGACCAGUUUGCAACCGUGAGGAUGUGAAAUUCAAUAGGACGCCUCUCCUUCAUCUGGUUGUGAAAUAUGCACAGCCGUGGGGCCAUGUCGAGCCAGGAUUCUGCCCCAGAACAUAUCUAGCAAGGGUUUUAGCUCUGGAAGAUGUAGUCAUGCAGGCUGAGUACAUGACAUAGAAUUGUAGAGCCUGAAGAGUCCAACCCCCUGCAAUGCAGGAAUUUAAAGCCCCUGGCUUCCCCCCAAAAUCCCUGUAGUUUACCUCUCACAGAGCUACAGUUCCCAGCACCCUUAGCACACCUCAAUUCCCAGGAUGCAUUUGGGGGAAGUGUCAGGGAACUGGCAUCGGAGCUAGAGGCGGAGAGAAGGCUCUCAAAUGAUGCUGGAGAAGGGCCCAGCAGGGAGAGAGGCAGCUCAGCAGAUGGGGAAGCAAUUCAGCGCAACACCAGGAAUAAAGGGGGCAGAUGGGGAAUCGGCGAGAGGGCUCCCAGACUCUUCACCGGACACCAGCGGGGAGAGCACGGGUCCUCCGCUACCCACGCCCCUGCGCAGACGACUUCCGCGCAGAGAGAGUAGGAGGAGACUGGGUGUCAAACAACUUUUAUGUUGGAAAAGGUUUAAGAAACGCCCACUGACGGAUUCUGCUAGCGACUGAGGCAGCCACGAAGUGAAGGGCUGUCCAGACUGAAAGGUUUAACAAGGCAACAAAGCCAGGAGAGGCGGCAACUUACGCACGAGCAACCCAUAUUCAUUACAGGAAGCCAGGUUCUUUUAAGGUGCUUUAGAUUUGUGGUAUGUAUGCAGCCGUAUUUACGUAAUUCAUUAUAUGCAUCUGCCCUGAAAGUGACUCACAUAAAAACCAAACGGUCUUAGUACUGUAGUACAGUCACAAUACAUUUAAAAGUACGAUGUCACUUCAUCAUAACGCUAAAUAAAAAUCAGCAAUUAACUCACCUCAAAUUUUUUAGCGAGCAUAAAGCUCCCUAACAGAUCAGGUAACAAUAUCCAGACAUUGUUGCAGCUUAUGUAACAAUAUCGCAUCAGUAGCUAGGGAGAGGGAGAGAGCGAGAGCCAUCUAUCUCCUGAUGACAAAUAUAUGUCAUUGAAUUCGACUCAGUCUUGAUCCAGAGUAGAUUCCAGCGCAGGCAUAGGCAAACUCGGCCGUCCAGAUGUUUAGGGACUACAACUCCCAUCAUCCCUAUCUAACAGGACCAGUGGUCAGGGAUGAUGGGAGUUGUAGUUCCAAGACAUCUGGAGGGCCGAGUUUGCCUAUGCCUGCUGCAACGUAUAGUUAGCAGAGUAAAAACUUAAACAUGUUGCAGAAUUCCAAAAAAAUAGAUCAGAGGCAAUUGUAUUUCAUCCGGCAGAGCUUUACUGCUACUGAAGGCAAAUGUGCAUAAUUAGUCACAAAUCCAGUGCAUUCAGGAUUGGCAUUUUCCAUAAGAAAUCCAGUUGCAGCAGAUUUAACUUAAACUUACAAUAACUUAUAAUAAGUCUAAAACCUUAACGCUAUAGCGUACUAUGUACAGAACACCACACCAGAAGGAAGGGAGACAGAAAGAGAAAAGUGAAUCCCAGGCUCCUUCUGGCCUUAUUUAAAAAAAUUAAAAUGGACAAUUUUAAUUUUAAAUGCUAGUGCAGGAAAUAUCCCAGUAUGUUGAGGUAAGAGAUAAGAGAACCAGUUUAAACCAGUUGUACUCCGCUUCUCUGAAGGUAUAACCCAAACAUCAUGAACCUUCUGCUUGUUUCUUUCACGCAGAGAAGCUUCCAGUACCCCCUUGAAUUUAUUAGAAUAGGAAAGAUCUCUACCCAUCAGAUCAAUACUUUCUGCAAACUGACAAUAUAGUAGUGAUGAUUUCCUCUGGACAUGUGCACAGCAGCAAGAACCAUUCUGUGUACAGCUGGGAGAAGGGGGCAGAAAAAGCCAGCAAUGAGUUCUGUCUGAGGUAGACUUUAACCUCCAGCAUCUCUCCUCUUAGAAGCUAACUGGCCAGUUUGGGGGUCCAAAUGAAUUGUUCGGUUCUUCCUUCUACAUUUGCAGGUUGCCAUCCAGCUGAACGACACGCAUCCCGCCAUGGCCAUCCCUGAGCUGAUGAGAGUGUUUCUGGACAUUGAAAGGCUACCGUGGGACAAGGUUUGGAACCGUCUUCAAUGUCGCUCCUGUUUCUUUCCAGGGAUCAAGGGCUGGAGCCUGGUUGUGGGAUCAGGCCAAUCUGGUCCAGCACCCCGUUUUAACAGUGGCCAGCCAGGUGCCUCUUGGGGAGCCUCAAGAGCAGAACUUGAGCUCAGCACCACCCUCCACGCUUGCAAGGCCAGCUAAGUAGAGCAAGGGUCUGAUUGUUCUAUGGCAGGCAGGGCCAAACCUGGCCCUCAAGCUGUUUUGUGACUACAGUUCCCAUCAUCCCUGACCACUGGUCCUGUUAGCUAGGGAUGAUGGGAGUUGUAGUCCCAAAACAGCUGGAGGGCCAAUUUCGGCCAUGCCUCUUCUAUGGUAACUUCAUGUUUUCAUCUGAAUGAUGCAACUGUACGUUUGGCACGAAAUUAAAAGACGCCUGCUUCUUGGGAGAAAAGCAAUGACAAACCUAGACAGCAUCUUAAAAAGCAGAGACAUCACCUUGCCAACAAAGGUCCGUACAGUGUUACCUCGGGUUAAGUACUUAAUUUGUUCUGGAGGUCCAUUCUUAACCUGAAACUGUUCUUAACCUGAAGCACCACUUUAGCUAAUGGGGCCUCCUGCUGCCGCUGCGCUGCAGAAGCACGAUUUCUGUUCUCAUCCUGAAGCAAAGUUCUUAACCUGAAGCACUAUUUCUGGGUUAGCGGAGUCUGUAACCUGAAGCGUAUGUAACCUGAAGCGUAUGUAACCUGAGGUACCACUGUAUAGUUAAAGCUAUGGUUUUCCCAGUAGUGAUGUAUGGAAGUGAGAGCUGGACCAUAAAGAAGGCUGAUCGCCGAAGAAUGGAUGCUUUUGAAUUCUGGUGCUGGAGGAGACUCUUGAGAGUCCCAUGGACUGCAAGAAGAUCAAACCUCUCCAUUCUGAAGGAAAUCAGCCCUGAGUGGUCACUGGAAGGACAGAUCCUGAAGCUGAGGCUCCAAGACUUUGGCCACCUCAUGAGACGAGAAGACUCCCUGGCAAAGACCCUGAUGUUGGGAAAGAUGGAGGGCACAAGGAGAAGGGGACGACAGAGGACGAGAUGGUGGGACAGUGUUCUCAAAGCUACCAGCAUGAGUUUGACCAAACUGCGGGAGGCAGUGGAAGACAGGAGUGCCUGGCGUGCUCUGGUCCAGGGGGUCACGAAGAGGCGGACACGACUAAACGACUAAACAACAACAAGGUUUUGCUGGUGGAAUUGGCGUGGGUAGCACGUGGUAGCACCAUUCAGCUGCACCCCCGUCAUCAGAUCUUCUCGCAAAAAAAUGACUUCCCGGGCGAAGAAUAUGUGGCAAGGGAAGGGUGCCACCAAGUUGAGGUCUUUCACAAUGGCUCCACCUGCUGGUCGCUGGUGGUAGGGAAUUGUAGAAUCAUAGAGUUGGAAGGGACCCUAAGAGUCAUCUAGUCUAUCCGGUGUGGGAUUUACAUAUAAGCUAAACGAAUGCAUAUAUAUGACGAUAGACCUUGUGUGCUUAACAGAAGUUUUCGGUGUCCUGUGAGCCUUACACCAAAUAGAACUAAAAACGUGUCGCUUAUCUCUAACUGUAAGCAAGAGUUGUUGUUGUUGAGUCGUUUAGUCGUGUCCGACUCUUCGUGACCCCCUGGACCAGAGCACGCCAGGCCCUCCUGUCUUCCACUGCCUCCCGCAGUUUGGUCAAACUUAUUUUAGUAGCUUCGAGAACACUGUCCCGCCAUCUCGUCCUCUGUCGUCCCCUUCUCCUUGUGCCCUCCAUCUUUCCCAGCAUCAGAUCUUGUCCAGGGAGUCUUCUCUUCUCAUGAGGUGGCCUAAGUCUUGGAGCCUCAGCUUCAGGAUCUGUCCUUCCAGUGAGCACUCAGGGCUGGUUUCCUUCAGAAUGGAGAGGUUGGAUCUUCUUGCAGUCCAUGGGACUCUCCAGAGUCUCCUCCUCCAGCACCAUAAUUCAAAAGCAUCCAUUCUUCGGCGAUCAGCCUUCUUGAUGGUCCAGCUCUCACUUCCAUACAUCACUACAGUGGUGCCUCGCAAGACGAAAUUAAUCCGUUCCGCGAGAGUCUUCGUCUAGCGGUUUUUUCGUCUUGCGAAGCAAGCCCAUUGACGGAUUAGCGCUAUUAGCGCUAUUAGCGGUUUAGCGGCUAUUAAAGGCUUAAAGGCUUAGGGGAUUAGCUGCUAAAAGGCUAUUAAAGGCUAUUAAAGGCUUAGCAGAUUAGAUAAAGAGGGGGAAAAGCGAAAAAAAAAUCUCAGGACUCGCAAGGUAUUUUCGUCUUGCGAAGCAAGCCCAUAGGGGAAUUCGUCCUGUGAAGCAACUUCAAAACGGAAAACCCUUUCGUCUAGCGGUUUUUCCGUCUUGCGAGGCAUUCGUCUUGCGGGGCACCACUGUACUGGGAAAACCAUAGUAUGUGACUCUUAAUCUCAGAGGUGUGGGUUCGAGUCCCCACAUUGGGUGAAAGAUUCCCGCAUUGCAAGGGGUUGGGCUAGAUGACCCUAAUGGUCCCUUCCAACUCUUCAGUCUUUUGAUUCUAAGAUGGUCACAUAUACUGGGGAAUUGAUGCUGCCACCACCGGGGAAUGUAUCGGUUAUCUGGAGAACAACAACCUGUAAGGAUGGAAAUAUUUCUGUCUAUCUCUGCCAAAGUUCGAAUAGUACUUUCCUUUUUGUUUUGUUUUGUUUUGUUUUUUUAAAACAAGACGUGCUAGUACUCAAAUAUUGAUAAUUGCUGUGGGUUCCUGCACAGAAUAGCUACUAUAGGCAGCUAAAAAAAGAGGCAUUGGUGUUACGACCAGGUUUAGAACUGGAUUGCUAAGUUUUCAACAACAACCUCACCGUGUGUGUCAAGGGAAUGUAUGCAAGGAUGUGAGGAUAAGCAACUGUGAGCCUGGCUCAAAGUAAUUUAUUACUUAUUCCCUGCCCAUCUGGCUGAGUUUCCCCAGCCACUCUGGGUGGCUCCCAAUCGAGUGUUAAAAACAAUACAGCAAUAUAUGGGUCAAUAACCAGACCAAGAGUAGAAGUUCAAAAGCUUUAUCAUUUCCUGACCAAAGUUUUGCAAAACUAGGCCGUCCUCUCCCUUAACAAAGCGUUUGCCUGCAGAAAGGCAAAGGGGAAUCGGACAGAAGGAGUUCUUGUGGCUAAUCAGAUUCACCCUAAUCCACACGCGGGUGCUACAGACAGGUGUUCCCCCUGUGUCCUUCUCUGCCUGGGUGCACACACACACAGAGGUUUUUAGAGAGAGAUGGGGUGCAGAAUGAAGCAGAAUGAAGCCAGUGUGGUGUAGUGGUUAAGAGCGGUAGUCACGUAAUCUGGGGAACCGGGUUCGCGUCUCCGCUCCUCCACAUGCAGCUGCUGGGUGACCUUGGGCUAGUCACGCUUCUCUGAAGUCUCUCAGCCCCACUCACCUCACAGAGUGUUUGUUGUGGGGGAGGAAGGGAAAGGAGAAUGUUAGCCGCUUUGAGACUCCUGAAGGGGAGUGAAAGGCGGGAUAUCAAAUCCAAACUCUUCUUCUUCUUCUUCUCUCCCCCAGGAACUAGAACGCCACUAGCAUUAUUCAUUGCUGCAGAUCCAGGCUGUAGGGGUCAAAGUGUCUCUCGUACAGUCCUCUUUGCGUGAAUGGGGACAUAGGUCCUGCAAAGUUCAGACUGUUGGCCUCGCUGCUCCACCUUCAACUCCAAACCUCCUAUCUACCUGCCCCACCUGCUUCUUUGUUUGCAGCCUCUGCAAGCAAAAGCCAUGCAAACAUACACACAAACCCGUUGUAUUCUUUCUGCUAUGCGGUCGCUAAGCAGUUCCCAGGACUCCUUAUCUUCAAGGUUGGAACAAACUGCUACUGAGCUGCAGUCGCCAUCUAUUAUGGUAGCUUUUCAGUCUAUCUGAGUUCCUUUCAAAGGAAAGGGUAGAACAGAAUUAAGAGGCAUAGUUUAAAAAGCAUUGUAUGUAGUAAAGCGGGGUAUGUACCGUAUUGGCCCGAAUAUAAGCCACACUUAUUUUUUUCAAAUUCCCAUCUGGCACAGUUGCCCUCCAGGGAGCAGCCUGGGAGCAUGGAGCAAUAGUGCCCAUCCCAGCUCCCAAGCCUCUCCGAAGCCACCAAAUUUUAAAGGUGCUGCUUAUUUGCAGGUGCGGCUUAUAUUCGGGCCAAUAGGUAUGUCAUAAAUGUCUCAAGCGAGCAUUGGCUUACUAGGUUGCCAAAUGCACAAGUUAGCCACGGUGCUUCUGCUUCAUUCAAGUUGCCAACUUGCUAGAACCAUGUUUAAAUAAUACAGGGUGCCUUUUAACCUUGGCACUGGCACUCUGUUCCAGUGAACGCUGUCACAUACAAAAAAAGCCCUGAGUUCAGGUUUCCCCCUUUUAAUUUACCUAAAAUACGUAUUUUAUCCCCCAUCGGGGAUUGAACCUAUGACCUUCUCAAUGCAAAGCAGAUACUCUGCCACAGAGCUUGUUAACAGAGAAAUCUGAGGGCUCCCUUGGACAAAAAACAAGGACACCAGCCAGGAAUACCAGAGCAAAACAGCAGCCAGUCGGCUCGGUCUUUAUUGAAGACUGUCGUGACAGGACUCCCACCUGCCACCAGGUGGAAUAAGAUGGAAGCCCCAAACAAAAGAGAACCCAAACUGCUGCUAAUCCCCAUGUUACACACACACCCCAAACUACAUCACUAAUACAUCAUGGUUACAUCAUGAAAGGGGAGGUCUGGUGGCAGUAAUCUGAGCAUCCUGGACCCUGCCUCAUGCUUCCCCUUGCCCUCCACCAAACACCCAUCAAGUGUAACAAAAAAUAUAUUUACAUUUCCCUGUUUCCCAGCCAAGUUAAUCACACCCUUUUGUCCUCAUCUGGGUUUGUUAUUUCUGGAAUGGCUACCUGUCUGGCACUCAGGUAUCAGGAUGCCAGGGAUUAUCACUCAGGCAGAGGGGCUGCUGAGUAGCUGAGCUCACAUGUCUAUAUGAAUUUCUGAAGUUUUCCUAGUGAGCCGCUACAUAGAUACUUUUAUCAGUGAAUUCUUACAUUUGGUAUCGUGCAGCAGAGGCCCUUUGAAUAGAUAGGAAGAAACUGUGAUGAAGUGUUUUGUGGGGACAAAUCAAAAAAGUCACAAAAGCGAUGGUGCUGGUUUUGGUAGUGGGCUGCAUGUGCAUGGUAUCUGCUGGAGGGGCAAACCCCCCCCCAACCUAUACAUAAAUUCCUGCAACAGCUACUUUAGCCUUCUGUUUCCUUUCCUUGCCCUUCUCACUGUCCUUCUCUCACUCUCACAAAUCCUAGGCCUGGGAUAUCACCACACGGACUUUCGCCUACACGAACCACACAGUUCUCCCUGAAGCCCUUGAGCGCUGGCCGGUGGAGCUGGUGGAGAAACUUCUGCCCAGACACCUGCAGAUCAUCUAUGAAAUCAACCAGAGGCACCUGGACGUAAGCAGGGCUGUGUCGCCGUGGUCCCCGCUUCUGGUUUUCAAGCCCAGUGCCGUGAUUUGGGGGGCAGCGGAAGUGAUUUCCCAGAGAGCCAUUUAAUGGUGCAGAUGUUUUUGCCCUGCUUGCCUAGGGCGGAGCUCACACUCCCCAGUGGCUCACUGGAUUCCAGGAUUGGCUUUGCUCUUGCCCACAGGGUGCCAGAGAGGAGUUCAAAAAGGGCUUGCCCUCCCUCCGAUUUGGCUUCAGGCUUCAUCAGGUGUAACCGAGGAGAAGAGAAGCCAAGUCGGAGUGAGGGCCAUGCUUCCUGCCCUCACUCUAAUGCAGAGGUCAGCAAGGUUUACCUGCCAUGGGCCCCUUAACUCCCACGGAGAUUGCUCCGUGGGUCACAGCGUGAGUGCGCAUGAGCGUGUUUCCGGUGUCUGUACAUGUGCAGACGCAAUUUCCGGCACGGAGGAGGCAUGCGCGGCUUCCCAUUAUUUACAUAUAAUGGCGCUGUGGGUUAAACCACAGAGCCUAGGACUUGCCGAUCAGAAGGUCCCUGCAACUGGGUGAGCUCCCGUUGCUCGGUCCCAGCUCCUGCCAACCUAGCAGUUCAAAAGCACAUCAAAGUGCAAGUAGAUAAAUACCGCUCUGGCCGGAAGGUAAACGGCGUUUCCGUGCGCUGCUCUGGUUCGCCAGAAGCGGCUUAGUCAUGCUGGCCACAUGACCCGGAAGCUGUACGCCGGCUCCCUCGGCCAAUAAAGCGAGAAGAGCGUCGCAACCCCAGAGUCGGUCACGACUGGACCUAAUGGUCAGGGGUCCCUUUACCUUUACACUCGGAGCAUUCUAACUCAGCUCCUUCCUAAUCAGCAUCAAACGGGGGGAAAGAUCAAAGGACAAAAAUCCUACAGCACGGAAACACAGUAAUAAAAACAUCCUGUCUCCAUCACUUCCCACAAUGUGGAAUGAAAACAUACACCGUCAUGUGAUAUAAACAAUCCCAUGACUGCAACACGGGGAAAGAAUCCUAACAGUCCUACCCUCUGCAAUGCAGAAAUACUAGUUCUGUGACACCCCCCUUUCAAGCUCAAGGUUCUGCUGUCAGGUGGAGGGCUCUCCGGGGAGCUUCGAAACUGGGUUGGGCGUCUUCCGGCAUCCUUUUGGAGCGAUGUGAGUGCCUGAGCCGUCUUGCUCUCCUUGUCCCCGCUCAGAGAAUCGCAGCCAUGUUUCCAAAGGACGUUGACCGCCUCCGGCGGAUGUCCUUGAUCGAAGAGGAAGGCAUGAAGCGCAUCAACAUGGCACACCUGUGCAUUGUGGGCUCGCAUGCCGUCAACGGAGUCGCCAAGAUCCACUCGGAAAUCGUCAAGUCGCAAGUGUGAGUACAGGCGGGCAUUUCCGCGGGGCCCAAGUGGGUGGGCGUGGGAAAAAAUCUGCAACUAGGGUUUAGAUCCAAGGUGGGCUUCUGGGUGCUUUGCCACUGGGCCAGUUGGGUGGUGGUUGAAGACAGAGCUUUAGAGCUCCUGAGCACGUGCAGAUUGUGGGAGCGGGCAAGAGGAAAUGUCUGCAGCCAUCCCCUGUGGAGAAAGGUCAGCUUCCCCCAGAACAUUUCCCUCUCUCCUUCCACCUUCCCUUGGUCACUGUUUCUUUGUAGUCAGUACCUUGACUGUUGGGGUAUUGUGGUUUCCUUCCCAUUUUUAGUCUGGUGGUUUUUGUUUCUGUUUUGUACUUCAUAGGAACUUCUGUAAUCAUCUCCCUUUCGUCUGGUGCUCUUCCUCUGAACCAGAGCACAAGAAAACAGAAAGUAGACCCAUUGUGCAAUGCAAAGACCAAUAAAAUUGGCGAUAAAAAAGUAAAUCACAGUGAAAACUAUCUGUGAAAUCGCAGCCCCAAAACAGUGUGUGUACACACACACACACACACACACACACACACUGUGUUUCCUAUAAGAUGUUGUUGUUGUUGUUUAGUCGUUUAGUGGUGUCCGACUCUUCGUGACCCCAUGGACCAGAGCACGCCAGGCACUCCUGUCUUCCACUGCCUCCUGCAGUUUGGUCAGACUCAUGUCUGUAGCUUCGAGAACACUGUCCAACCAUCUCGUGCUCUGUCGUCCCCUUCUCCUUGUGCCCUCAAUCUUUCCCAACAUCAGGGUCUUUUCCAGGGAGUCUUCUCAUGAGGUGGCCAAAGUCUUGGAGCCUCAGCUUCACGAUCUGUCCUUCCAGUGAGCACUCAGGGCUGAUUUCCUUCAGAAUGGAUACGUUUGAUCUUCUUGCAGUCCAUGGGACUCUCAAGAGUCUCCUCCAGCACCAUAAUUCAAAAAGAUGUAGCAAUAGUCAACUUGGCCUGCUAUAACAGAAGUUUAAGCACAUACACACAGAAUAAGUCUAUUGUCAGGAGUGAGCCAGCAAUAAAUCACAUGGAGCACUUUAACUCUUUAUUAGAAGAAACAAGGUCUGCUCCGGAGUGCCAGGCCUAAUAAGCACACAACUCUUCUCAAUAGCUCUUCCCCCUAUGAAGCAUUUGUGGAGGCCAAGGUCCCCACCUUCCCACAACUGCCAAACUCACCUCCUCUCCCAGGUCCUUCCCAAGCAAUCUGAGACUAUGCCAACGUAACUGUCUUUGCUCCUCCUGCUUCACACCUCUCCUGGUCCUGGGAGAUCAGAAGGGAGGAAAGAGUGUUGCAGCAAGAGGGGCAGACACCCUGACUUCUUCACCAGCUUGACUCCUCUCUGCCUCCCUCUCUCCUGCUUCCGCUUCUGAUUCUGGACUUCUCUCUGACACAGACUCUCCCAGCUCACCAAGCCUUGUUAGCCGUUCAGCUUCCGACACCUCCUCUUCUCAGUCUCCUCCUCCUCCUCCUCCUCCUCCUCCUCCUCCUCCUCCUCCUCCUCUUCUCUUCUUCUUUUUCUUCUUCUUCAAGUCCUGCUCGUGCGUUUCCCUUUGGGGCAUUUGAUCGGCCACUGUUCAAACAGGAUGCUGGACGAGAUGGUUGGCCCGAUCCGGCAAAAGACUCUUCUUAUGAUGCAUUGUUAGCCAAGAAAUCUUGAUGAUAUAACAAUAAGAAUUUAUUAUUUCUACCCCACACAUCUGGCUGGGUUUCCCCAGCCACUGAACUGAGACCUUCCUUCCUGCACAGGUUCAAGGACUUUGCAGAGGUGGAGCCAGAGAAGUUUCAGAAUAAAACCAACGGCAUCACCCCUCGGCGGUGGCUCCUGCUUUGCAACCCGGGACUCGCAGAGUUAAUUGCAGAGGUAGGCAGCCCACCUGCAGUUGACUUUGCUCUGGCAGAAAUCUCACCGUUUCCAUCAAGGCGGAUUGUGUCUUGAUGUACCUUGGACAGCAAUAAGGCUGUUUCUGUGCAGCAGUUUAUUCCAUUUCCCUGUUAAUUUCCACGUUGUAUUUGAGCUUUCACAUGAUGCAAAAGGCACUUCUAUUCUGGAAUAUAGCAUGCAUUCAGAGCUCAUUUCUGCGUCAUUUGGUUCCAGGAAAAAAUGGUCUGCAGCCCCCUUAACCCAGAAAAUCACAGUAGCAAAGUGAUGAAAUUUGGGGGCUUUGCCUACCAUUUUCAUGGGGAAACAGAGGCAUGCUGUUUUUAAAAAUAUUUAUUUAUUUAUUUAUUUAUGCAUUUCAUUCAUAAAACUAAUAUAUCGUGUGAUUGUGAAAAGCAACAACCUCAAAACAGUUUACAAAAGAUUUACGAAAGAUUAUAGCUAAUGCUUUGGAUUAAAAACGGCUGCUUGUCCACAGUAAAAUCAGGGAAAAUUCACAAUCCUACUUCAAAACAUACAAAAGUUAAAAUGCUAAAAGAGGUCCAGACAACCUCAGAUUUCUAAGCAUGUGAUGAGUAGGUUUGUCUAAACAGGAAUGUUUUUAGCAGGCACCGAAAAGAGCACAGCGUAGGCACCUCCUUGAUCUCAGUAGGCAGGGAGUUCCAAAGUUCUGCCGCACUAAACUAUCAAGUUCUUACAAAUGCAAAACGGGUGUUUUGCGACGCCUGUAGUGGUGCCAAUCGAAGUGGUCAGGUGGGCACAUGUAAGGCUGGCGUGGUAAGAGGCAGAAAAAAGUCUUUUUUGGGGAGGUGAGCAAAUACCUCGGAAAGGCUGCUUGUCUUGAGGCAGGUGGUCUGGAUGCCUCAAGCCCCCCGCUUCUCUUUUACAGAAAAUAGGAGAGGAGUACGUCAAGGACCUCAGCCAGCUGACGAAGCUCCACCGCUUUGCCAACGAUGAGCUUUUCAUCCGGGAAGUGUCCAAAGUCAAACAGGUAAGCGGGUGGAGGAGCUGGGCGUCUUCUUGUCGACUUUGCAGCUCGAGAGGAGGCCGGAUUCUGCUCCCGAGAUUCCUGGGAGACGCUGGACUUCACGUCAAGCAAACGUGGUGGCCGGGGGGGGGGGGACGGCCACACGGCCCACGAUCCUUGCCAGCAGCGUCACCAUCAGUUUACUUGCGUUCCACUUUUCCACAGUAGUGCUCAAAGUUGGCUCACAAGAUGCCAAACGAACACCAUAUUAAAAACACUUGGAAAUAAUCAUAAUGUCAGUAAAUGUGGGGAAAAGUAAUUGUUACAUUUAUCUCCCACCUUUUCCUACAAAGAGCCCAAGUUUGCUCAGGAUGGCAAACAGACACACAGUUUAAAACUGAAAAUGAUGCAGUAGUACAUUAGUGGUGGAUUUGUACAGUGGUACCUCGGGUUAAGUACUUCAUUCAUUCUGGAGGUCCGUUCUUAACCUGAAACUGUUCUUAACCUGAAGCACCACUUUAGCUAAUGGGGCCUCCCACUGCUGCCGCGCCGCCGGAGCACAAUUUCUGUUCUCAACCUGAAGCAAAGUUCUUAACCUGAAGCACUAUUUCUGGGUUAGCGGAGUACGUAACCUGAAGCGUAUGUAACCUGAAGCAUAUGUAACCUGAGGUACCACUGUACUGGAUUGUUUGCACAUAGGGCCAGAUUUAGGUUUGAUGAGGCCCUAAGCUACUGAAGGUAAUGGGGCUCUUUGUAUAUCCAGUUGUCCUUUGUCAACAACAAAUUGUCGCUGUUUUUGUGUUGAGUAUGUGCUACAUGGCAAUUGAUGGACCUAAUAGGUUGCACAAGUUGCUGUGCAACCAGUCCAUGCAGAAUGUAGGCACCCUAUAUAUAAAAAAGUAGGAAAGCAGUGAUAUUUUAGGGAGCAGGCUAGCAGGCGGGGCCCAUGACUUACAUCAUAGGAGCCUACACAACACAAAACACUGUUGCUGUAUAUAGGUUUUAUUUUAUUUGUUUUUCAUCUUAUAUUUUGGAAAUGUACAUCCAGUUUUUUCCCCUCUUUACAUUUUUUGGGGGCCCCCAAGAGAGUGGGGCCCUAAGCUAGAGCUUGUUUAGCUUAUACGUAAAUCCAACACUGUUCACACACGAUUCCACUCUCUUCGCUCUGCGGUGCUUCCCCCAAAUGUUACCUUUGUGGGGGGGCAGCCUUGCAUUACAAGGCAGCAAAACUGGACGGAAAGCCCCAGGAAACUUCUGUGCUAUGAAAAGUUGCGGGAUUUCGGCAGGAGAUUGAGGGACGGACCCCGGUUGGGAAAGGAAGUGUAUGUUGGCUCUGAAACAUUUGCAGGUGCAAACGGAGUUGAAAAGGAGGGUUGUGUGUAACUGCGCCAAUAUUGUCAUGAACGCAGAGCAUCAUUAAUGCGCAAUAAAAAGGACGUCCCAGGAACGGCAUUAGGCAGGGAGCUGCUGCAUCCGGUGCCCUCAGACCAUGCCUUGCUGGUUAUAUUUGCUGCUGCUUUGAGCGAUUGCACCUUCCCUCUGCCCUCUCAGGAGAACAAGGUCAAAUUUGCCCAGUAUUUGGAGAAGGAAUACAAGGUGAAGAUCAACCCGGCUUCCAUGUUUGACGUCCAGGUCAAGAGGAUCCACGAAUACAAGCGGCAGCUCAUGAACUGCCUGCACAUCAUCACCAUGUACAACCGUGAGUACGGGCACGGGGGCAGCUGGGCAUCCUGGGCAUUUGUGGUUAGUAGGCAGUGACAGCCUCACCUUCUAGGUGUCUUGGAGGAAAAGAAGAAGAAGAGUUUGGAGCCUUUCACUCCCCUUUUUGUUGUUGUUGUUUAGUCAUUUAGUCAUGUCCGACUCUUCGUGACCCCCUGGACCAGAGCACGCCAGGCCCUCCUGUCUUCCACUGCCUCCCGCAGUUUGGUCAGACUCAUGUUUGUAGCUUCGAGAACACUGUCCAACCAUCUCAUCCUCUGUCGUCCCCUUCUCCUUGUGCCCUCCAUAUUUCCCAACAUCAGGGUCUUUUCCAGGGAGUCUUCUCUUCUCAUGAGGUGGCCAAAGUCUUGGAGCCUCAGCUUCAGGAUCUGUCCUUCCAGUUAGCACUCAGGGCUGAUUUCCUUCAGAAUGGAUCGGUUUGAUCUUCUUGCAGUCUAUUGGACUCUCAAGAGUCUCCUCCAGCACCAGAAUUCAAAAGCAUCCAUUCUUCGGCGAUCAGCCUUCUUGAGUCUAAAGUGGCUAACAAUCUCCUUUUCCCUUCCUCCCCCACAAAAAAAAAAACACACCCUGUGAGGUGAGUGGGGCUGAGAGACUUCAGAGAAGUGUGACUAGCCCAAGGUCACCCAGCAGCUGCAUGUGGAGGAGCGGAGACGCGAAUCCAGUUCACCAGAUUACGAGUCCACCGCUCUUAACCACUACACCACACUGGCUCUCAUUUUGUGUUCUCCUUUCUCUCCCACAGGCAUCAAGCGAGACCCCAUGAAGCUGUUUGUGCCCCGGACGGUGAUCAUUGGCGGCAAAGUAAGCGAUGGGUUUGCGCUGCACAUUUCGAGAGGGGACAGCCUAGAAUCUGCUGGGGUGCCCCUUUUGGGCUGCCCUUGGAAGUGCCUACCUGCCUGCCUGCCUGCCUUGGACUUGGCAGUGGCCAACGUACCACAUCUUGUGGGAGAGAGUUCCACCGAUGAAUAAUUAAGCCCUGUGUGGAGGAAUACAUUUCUUCACCUCUCCUGAUGCUACUACCCAUCCAGAGUGCUAGUGUUACGGGAGAAUGAGAAAAACACCUCCCUAAAGCAUAAUUUCAUGUACUUCUGUCGUGACCACCCACCACCACCACAAAAGGAGAGUGUGAGGUGUUGAUGGGGAAUUUGUGCAGCUGAAAAGUCUGCUUAAACAACAACAAAAAAUACAUCUAGAAAGCAUCUGGAGGGUCCUGGCUUCAGGGAGGCUAGGGGGAAGCACAAGGAUGCCCAGCUUGAGGCGUUUCCAAAAUAAAGGAAGGAUUGAACUUUGAUUAAUAAGAAUACACACAGAGGCUUGAACCAGCAAGACUCUGGGAAGGGUGCAUAUAAUAAUCUCUGCGUGCCUCCACCCCUCGGCCCAGGUCGUUUUAUUCACAAAAGAGCUUUUUACAGAGUGUUCGUAAGAACCAAUCAGAUUUCUUCUGAGCAUUUCAACAAACCCCACGUGGGGACAAAGUUAAACUACAAACACUAGUUAAGCAUGCAUAUUUUGGGGGUAAGUGAAUGAAAACUACAAAGGAGUGCAUUCAGCAACCCCGGAGGUCAUAAACAAUCAAUACACAUGAUGAGGAUGGCCAGGAGGACAGCGAUCAUUAUCACCUUUAUGUGAAACCUGUUUCCUGGCCCGAAGAUUAACAUCCUAAGAUUAACAUAUCAGAAAAGCUACAGCAAAGAAACUGCCCACUGUCUUUGAUGGCCCAGGAUGCCUGCCUCUCUAAGUGGGUACGUGACUUGUGAAGAAAGAGAAAUACAGAGGUGUGGAUUGAUCAAGAAUCAUAUCAAAAUAGUUUAAACCCAGUCAACGCAAUACUUUCAUUGCUGACACAGAUGGCUUACUCUAUAUUUGUUAUAAUUCCUCAUAGCAAUCCCACCUGAUCACUACACCAGCUGCCACUGCUCCUUCUAAGCGCUUGCGUUUCUGCCCUCCUUGCAGGCUGCUCCUGGCUACCACAUGGCCAAAAUGAUCAUCAAGCUCAUCACCUCCGUGGGCCACGUAGUCAACAACGACCCUGUGGUGGGGAACAAGCUGAAGGUCAUCUUCCUGGAAAACUACAGAGUCUCCUUGGCUGAGAAAGGUAAGGCCAGCAUCGUCCGUCGCUGGCAAGAGCUGGCGUCUAAAAGCCUUGCAUCAUUUCUCCUGGCAAAUGUGCCUAAGAGUCAAAAUGUGUUUCAAACCACACUUGUGCUUCAUUGGCUUUCCCUACGACGUUUUUCCUGUUCUUGGUGGGUCCCUCUUCCUUUGACUAAAAUGUUGGGGGCGGGAGAACAUAUCUGUGGUCCUCUAGAUAUUGUUCAACUCCAACUGAACGCCAGUUGCUGGAAACUGAAGGAAGGGGGACGGCUCUGGGGCCCACUGGGUUGUAUCCAACUAAGUUCUGCUCAGAGAAGAACCAUUUAAAUUGAUGACGACGAGUAACUUGGGUCCAUUUCUUUUUGCGGAAUCCAGUCUUCACGUGACAGAGGGCUUGCAGUAGAGCUUCAUUAACAGACCUUAAACAUUUAAUGGAAUGAUGGAUUGAAUUUAUAAUCCCGCCUUGUUCUCCAAGGAGCUGAAGGUGGCAUAUAUGGUUGUCUCCCUCCUCAUUUAAUAUCCACAGCAACCUUGUGGUGUAGGUUAGGCUAAGAGGCAACGACUGGCCCAAGGUCACCCAGUUAGCUUGAUAGCUGAAUGGGGAUUUGAACCCUUGUCCCUCCCAGGUCCUACUCCAACACUUUCUUCUUCUUCUUCUUUGGCGAUCACUUGUAGCCGAGUAAGAUUGUCUUCCAUGUUGUUGUUGUUGUUGUUUAGUCGUUUAGUCGUGUCCGACUCUUCGUGACCCCCUGGACCAGAGCACGCCAGGCACUCCUGACUUCCUCUGCCUCCCGCAGUUUGGUCAAACUCAUGCUGGUAGCUUCGAGAACACUGUCCCACCAUCUCAUCCUCUGUCAUCCCCUUCUCCUUGUGCCCUCCAUCUUUCCCAACAUCAGGGUCUUUUCCAGGGAGUCUUCUCUUCUCAUGAGGUGGCCAAAGUCUUGGAGCCUCAGCUUCAGGAUCUGUCCUUCCAGUGAAUACUCAGGGCUGAUUUCCUUCAGAAUGGAGAGGUUGGAUCUUCUUGCAGUCCAGGGGACUCUCAAGAGUCUCCUCCAUCACCAGAAUUCAAAAGCAUCAAUUCAUCGGCAAUCAGCCUUCUUUAUGGUCCAGCUCACACGGUUUUAACAGUGAGUCCGUAAGUGACUGUGGAGGCCAAUUCUGGAUCCACACGUCCUUCCACAGUGGGGACAUUGGUUUCCAGGUGGGAGUUGAUCGCGGUGUGGAUUUGCCAAGCGUGCCUUCCUCCUAGCACAUUUCUCCCUUGCGUCCUGAGUUUGAGUGUCUUCAAAGCCCAUGACACCUUUGGUAAAGGCUGUUCUCCAACUGGAGCGCUCGCAGGCCAGUGUUUCCCAGUUGUCAGUGUUUAUACUACAUUUUUAAAGAUUUGCCUUGAGACAGUCUUUAAACCUCUUUUGUUGACCACCAGCAUGACGCUUUCCAUUUUUAAGUUCGGAAUAGAGUAGUUGCUUUGGAAAAUGAUAAUCAGGCAUCUGAAAAACAUGACCGGUCCAAUGAAGUUGAUGUUGAAGAAUCAUUGCUUCAGCACUGGUGAUCUUUGCUUCUUCCAGUAUACUGGUAUUAGUUCGCCUGUCUCCCCAAGUGUUGUGUAAAAGAAAACAGUGUUAUACCAGGUCAGGCUACUGAAUUGUCUCUUGGGCAGAAAAGGUGCUUAACAGUUUCUCUCUCAGCUUUUAUCAUUAUUAUUAUUAUUAUUAGUUUUCAAUUACAAUAAUCCAACAAUAGCCUCAUUAUAACAAAGCCAAAUUAUAAUACAAUUAGUAAUACCAAUAAUUCAGAUGCCAAAUUAUACAAUUUAGGUAGCCUCCCACGUGCUAGAAUUGAUGCUUUACUUUAUUUCUGUGUUCCAAAAUCUUCUAAAUUUCAAUUACUCUCAAGUCAAAAUAGCGUUAAAUCCCUUAUACAGCAACUGCAAUUUUAACAACUUCCAUUUGUACUGACACAUUGAAUGAUUUAUAAAGCUACAGGUGAAGCAUUCAAACUAUAUCUUUGUUCUUCCUGUGAGUGGCAGUUAUUCUGUCUGUAAUGUUUCUUCCUGUCCUUGUAAAAUAUUACGUCUUAUCUUUUCCUGGUUGUUGCUGUUCUCCAUCAUGCCUUGGGUGGAGCUAAUAUCCCAUUGUUGUUUCAGAAGUUCUCCAUUGCUCUGUCCCGUGGUUCAUUGUUUGCAACUUUAGCAGCAGCUGCCGAAAUCACACUGUCCCAAUAAAUAUCCUGUUUUCUCCAUUUUUCUCUCAGCCUGGGAAGGAGAAGAAGCUGUCGAACUUCAAAUAACUCAGUACUGAACCUUAUCAACUCCUUGGCAAACUCGCAGAUUCCUCUCCCUCAGCCUUUAAAUUGGAAAGAGACAGAAUUUGAAACUGGGACAUUUUUCCCCAGUUGCCCCACUGACUUACACCCUUCCCUCUCCUCUGUGUGCAAGGCGGUUUGAUAUGUCCAUAUAACAAAGUUGCUUGUUUGAUUCUGCAUGUUAUUUUUCCUGAUUACCUGCUGCGAGCCGUCAUGGUUGGCUGUGACAGAAAUGUAUAAUAAUAAUAAUAAUAAUAAUAAUAAUAAUAAUAAUAAUUAAGGACCGCAGGAAUGGCUAAAAUUGCACUCUCUUGGCAGUGAUCCCCGCCACAGAUCUGUCGGAGCAGAUUUCCACGGCAGGCACCGAAGCGUCUGGCACCGGCAACAUGAAGUUCAUGCUGAACGGGGCCCUGACCAUUGGGACGAUGGAUGGUGCCAACGUUGAGAUGGCAGAGGAGGCUGGAGAAGAGAACCUCUUCAUCUUUGGCAUGAGAGUGGAGGAUGUGGCUGAGCUGGACCGGAGAGGGUGAGUAUGGCAGAAGCAAAGGUCUCGCCCACGCUUUUCGCUUGACCUGUAUUUUGAUUGGAUUGGUCACCGAUGAAUCCCCCCCCCCGCCCCGGUUCCAAGAGCUUUUCUCAUUGCUCCACAGUUGUGCCUUGCAAAAAUUUGAUCUUGCCCACUGAAUCGGAUCUUAUCCGAUGCACAGAAAAUCCAGAGGUUUUGCUUAUGGUAAGAUCAGAUUUUUGACCCCUUGCAUAUGUUAAUGUGCAGAUCAAUAAUUGCUCAAUAAUUUGAGUUACCCUACACUUUGGAGGUGGCUGUUAUGGCAAUUCUGUUGGCAAAGUUACUUUGCCUAAUACAGGUGGCGUCCGGAUAGAUGCGAAAACCAGACAUCACUGAACAAAAACGGUAUAAAUUGAAGAGGAAAACUCCCUCCGAAUUGCACAGCCAGUCAGAGCAUGUGCUGCCUCAGUAAAUGUGAUUCCUCCGUGUGAAACAAUACUUCCACCUAUCCCCAUCUUGACUAGUUGGCUUUCACAUGAACAUAAUUAACCCUUAAGUUACAAACCAAAUGAUCCCUGCUGCUAAACUUCCAACAGAUUUUCCCCACCAAAUCAAGGGAGUUCACAUGUCUGCCCCUCCUGGUAUAACAAAAUGAGAUAGCUGAGGAUGUCUUGUGACUGCAAAGCCAGGAGCACGUAACAGAGCAGGCAGAGGGCCUUCUUGGUAGUGGCGCCCACCCUGUGGAACGCCCUCCCAUCAGAUGUCAAAGAGAAAAACAAGUACCAGACUUUUAGAAGACAUCUGAAGGCAGCCCUGUUUAGGGAAGCUUUUAAUGUUUAAUAGACUGUUGUAUUUUAAUAUUCUGUUGGAAGCCGCCCAGAGUGGCUGGGGAAACCCAGCCAGAUGGGUGCAUAGCUAUCAACUUACAGAUUUGAAAAUAAGGGACCAACAGCCUUGAAAAUAAGGGAUCAGCAGCCAAAAUAAGGGAUUUUAGCCAGCCAGCUGAAAUACGAAGUUAAAAGGGACCAGAUAAUUUUGGAGAGCAGCGUCGGUUUUUAGCCCUUCGUUUCCAGAGGUUGCUGCUCAAGACACCAGCUGAUGAAACACUGCCAUUAAAUAACUACAAGCAGCAACCACUUUCCGCACAAAACAAAGUCCAAGCUACGAAGAUGCUGCUGCAGUUCUGUAUCUUUUCUCUCGUGCUCCAUCUGCAGCUCUCAGUUCCAUCAGGCGGGGCGGGAAAAAGCGGCCGAAGUAAACCCACAGAUCAGACCAUCUAUGCUAGCCUACCACUACAAAUCUGUGGGAGAAGCGCUUGCAGUCCUUCCCUUGUAGCCCUUGGCACACCUGCCUGCGCCUCCGCCUCCUCCUCCUCCCUCUGAACUGCUUUCUCUAUGGUUGCCCUCGCUCUCCUCUCAAGGCUCCUCAUCAAUUCAUAGACCAUGCCAGGCUGCCCAUCUCAUCUGGGUCCUUCGGUGGCGCAGCCGCAGUACAGCCUAGCGGCGGCGGCGGCAGCGGACAGAGGGGAGGCCCCAGGCAGAGACGCUCAGUUCGGUGGCCGCGAGGAGGAUGGUGGUGGAAGGGCCUGAGGCUCCCGCCAGUCCUGGCGGGGAGGUGUUCCCGGGGGCUGAGGCUGGUGAGAGGAGGCCAAGCAACACAGUUGGAGCCUCCCUCCUUCCUGGCCGGCAGGGAGGGAGGGAGAGGAGCUGCUUCCUUUGAAACCCGGGAAAUUUAAGGGACAUCAUCAGUAAGGGACAGCAGUGGGGCACGGCGCUGGGAUAAGGGAGUUUCCCGCCAAAUAAGGGACGGUUGACAGCUAUGGAUGGGUGGGGUAUAAAUAAUAAAUUAUUAUUAUUUUAAUAUACAUGGCCAUCGGUAAUCUUCAAUAUGUGUGCUAAAGGUUUUCCUCUCUCUUUCCGUCAGGUACAAAGCUCAGGAAUAUUACGAGAGGCUUCCUGAGCUAAAGCAAGCCAUGGAUCAGAUCAAGAGUGGAUUCUUUUCACCAAAAGAGCCCGACCUUUUCAAAGAUUUGGUCAACAUGUUGUUCCACCAUGACCGGUGAGUGGAGACCCCUUUGCAGAAACCUGUUGACAGCUUUGGCUAACGGUUGCUUGUGCCACACUCUGUAACUUGCCUGGCCUGUGUGCCUCAAUCGCAGCAGGGUCUGCUUUCCCUGACCCUCCACUCUGGAAAAAGUUUAAGGAACAUAGAAUUGGGACCCCAAGGGUCAUCUAGUCCAACCCCCUGCAAUGCAGGAAUCUCAGCUAAAGCAUCCAACCUCUGCUUCAAAACCAAGGAAGGAAAGUCCACAACUUCCCGAGGGAGACCUUUCCACUGUUGAAUAGCUCUUACUGGGGUGUAAAUAUGUAGAAUUUUUUUUGGCAAAGGGUGUUUAAGGAGAUAGCAGAAAUCACGGGGUUAAAGCUGACCAAAAGUCCAGAGGUAGCACAAUUUAUGAUGGGGUGGAAGGUUCACGGGCUAAGAAAGACUUGCUCCCAAAUUUAUUGAUGGCUGCACGAGUUAUUGCAGCUAGGAAGUGGAAGGGGCUAGCAGAAAAUAAAAUGGAAGAAUGGUACAAAUAGGUUUGGGAUAUAGCUAUUAAUGAUAAAUUAACAUGUGCCAUUAAGGUAAGAUGGGGAAUACGCAGGAGAAAUGAUUUUGAGGAGAUACGGAGGGUGUUUGUAGAAUUUGUACUGUUAAAAUGGAAAGGGGUCAAACCAUCGCAAGAGGUGUUGGAAUUUUGGGAGGUUGGAUAGCUAUAAUGGAAUGGUCUCAGGGAGCACAUUUUUAUGAUUAUGUGUGAUUAAUUCUUAAUUUAAUAAUAAAAAAGAGAAAGGGGGGAGUUCUUCCUGAUGUCAGGGCCUAUUGAGUGUCAGGAGUUCAGCCUACACUUGAGUAGGACCCUGGCAGAGACACAUGCCCACUGGCAUGUUCCCUCCCUCUUGGUCGAUCGUUCGGGAGCUCAAAAGCUUUCUUCUGCCUGAACAUCACAGCGACUGAUGCCAACAGACAUCAGCACACUUAGGGAUCCGCAGAGUCUGCACAGCAUUGCGUAACAGACCUCAGCAACUCUGCAUUUUGGCUAAUCUACUUUAUUUACAUAUCAACACACACGGAGCACUGCAACAUGGCUCCCUCUCUCUCCAGCAUCAGACAGCAAAGAGAAAAAGAACAAAGGACAAUAGUCCCGCUUCACGGAACACAGUAACACAAACAUCCUGUCUCCAUCACUUCCCACUCUGUGGAGUCAAAACAUACACCAUCAUGUGAAAGACAACAAUCCCAUGACUGCAGUCAUGGAGCAGGAAUUCUAACAUUGAGGACCCUGUUUCUAUUUUGACAGGACAUUGGACUUUGAUGCUGGCCUGAGGCCUUUCUACUUCUGUGUAAAAAAUUAAUAAAUGGCCCUGCAUAGGGUCUUCAUUGUUCAGGCACAAGCCCCUCUAACGCCCACUCUGACUCCUUCCUCGAAUAGGUUCAAAGUCUUCGCAGACUAUGAAGCUUACGUCAGAUGUCAAGACAACGUCAGUCAACUCUACAUGGUAAGCUGGGCGGAGGGUGUCUUGCUGCUGCCAGCGGUCUCCUGAGAUCACCUUACCCUGUGUCAACGCACUCGCUUCGAUCGACCAAACUGGCCCCGUUCCAGGCACCGCAUAAUGCCCAUUCCACAUUUGUAAGAAGUGCUUUCAAGCGAGGUGCUGGGAGAGGCUGGAAGGAAGCCUAGGGGUGCCUCAUACCAUUGCUAACCUUCCCAGAUUCUCCGAAAUGGAAUGAGAGGGAAGGCGCCCCACGCCGCCGCCACCCAGUGGCGUAGCGUGGGGGUGCAGGGGGGGCCGGCCGCACCGGGUGCAACAUCUGGGGGGGCGCGCUCGCACUCGCAGCUCUCUGCCCCUACCUGGCUCACUCACUCUCUCUCACUGCAGUGCUGGCUGUGCGAAUCCGAUCCGAGCCGCUGGGUCGCCGCCCACUGUGGAGGGGGUGGGUGCCAGGCGUGCGGUGCGGAGAGAGAGCGAGGGACUAUCUGGGGGAGGGACAGUGCAGCGGCCGCCCAGCGCAGCGCUGAGCGUGGGAGAGAACCACACCAGACCAGACCAGCCCAGGCAGCAGCAAGAAGAAGCUGGCAGCGGCGGCAGGUUAGGGGUUAGGGGGCGCAAAUUACUUGCCUUGCCCCGGGUUAGGGGGCGCAAAUUACUUGCCUUGCCCCGGGUUAGGGGGCGCAAAUUACUUGCCUUGCCCCGGAUGCUGACAACCCACGCUACGCCGCUGCCGCCACCACGGCCCUUUUUCUGGAGUUCUCCCAAUAUGCAUGGUCCUCCGGGACAGCAGGGAGGAGAGGAAGUUGGUCCAAAAUGCAGCAGCCAGAUUCCUGACUGGGCGUUCCCUUCUAUAACCCCUGUUUUAAAACAGCAGUGCUGGUUUUCAAUUCGAGGUGAUCACGUUGUCUAAACCACUGGGUCUCUUGGGCCUGUCGAUUGGAAGUUCGGCGGUUCGAAUCCCCGCAACAGAGUGAGCUCCUGUUGCUCUGUCCCAGCUCCUGCCAACCUAGCAGUUCGAAAGCAUGCCAGUGCAAGUAGAUAAAUAGGUACCAUUUCGGCGGGAAGGUAAACAGCAUUUACAUGCACUCUGUUCCAUUGCGCCAGAAGCAGUUUAGUCCUGCUGGCCACAUGACCCGGAAAGCUGUCUGCGGAGAAACGCUGGCUCCCUCGGCCUGAAAGUGAGAUGAGUGCCGCAACCCCAUAGUCGCCUUUGACUGGACUUAACCAUCCAGGGGUCCUUUACCUUUACAUUUUACCUUUAGUGCCCUAAAUGACUCAGGUCCCAAAUAUAUAAGGACCACCUCCUUCCCUACAGACCAUCUCUGGUGCUGAGUCUAGCAGAGGAGGUCCUCUUCGUAGUUCUCCUGCCCUCAGACACUAUGGGGUGUCAGCCUAGGGUGAGAGGACCUUUUCUGUGGUGGCCCCUAAGAUGUGAAACUCCAUCCUCAUAGAGGUGUGUCUGGCACCUUCAUUAUACAGCUUCCGGAGAAUGCUGUAGAUUCACCUCUUUACCUUGGCUUUGGACAACUGAGGUGUAUUAUUUGUGGCUGUAAGUUGUUUAAGCCUGCUUUUAAUACUAUGUUUUAAUGUUGUGACCUGCCCUGGGACCUUAAAAGAAAGAGAGGGGGGAAAACACUAGUCUAGCCAUAAAUACGCAAGUUGUUUAGCCUGCAGACUUUAUGUCUCCCAUGCACACCUGUGUUUAGUAAACUGUGGCCUUUUGUAGUUUCCUGGGUGUGCUUAUUAACUCCAUGCUUGAUCACCUGUGGUUAUUUCAUCAGCAUCCUUGUAGCUCAGGUGUGACUCACCUGUGGCCCUCCAGGUGUUGCUGCACUAAAACUCCUUUAGUUCCUGGCCAUUGGCCAUGUUCUCCCUCCUGCCUCCUAUAGUUGAAAUCCCUCCUUGCAGGUACAGUGAAGUAUUUCCUUCACUCCUAUAUUUUGAGAUUCUUCUACAUGCUGCACUUCCUAUGUAGUUCUCCUCUUGCUGCUUCUUGCAAGAUAACCACCUAGAACAGUGGUUCCCAAUUGGUGGUCUGCAAACCCCAACUGAUGUCCAUGGCGUAUACCCAUCGACUGACUGUGGGCGCCGUGUGCUUGCACGGGUCACGUGACUCGCACAGGAGCGAAGCCCGGAAGACGUACGUUUGCUCUGAGACAUGUUGGCACCAUUCACAAAACAAGAACUACUACAGAGAUAUCGACAUUUUCAGAAGAAGGGGGUUCAUGGCUUGGCUUUUGAAAAGCAGGGGUCUACAGUUCCUAGCUAAGGCCCUCUGCCUGGUUCCCUGUAACCUCACUUGUUGCAGUGAGGGAACCACCAGAAGGCCCUUGGAGCUGGACCUUAGUGUCUGGGCUGGAUGAUGGGGGUGGAGACGCUCCUUCAGGUAAAACUCUGUCUGAUUUCCCUGCCAUCAAACUUGGGGCUGGGUUAGGUUGGAACUUGAAACAAACCAUCGCUUUGGCCCGGAUGGUUUUGUUGAGCAGUCAGAAAGAACUAUGCGCGUGGAAAUGAGAGACUUCCAGUUGGUCGCCCAGUAAUGGCAGACGGGAGCUCUUUCAGCUGAAAGAGCCCCAGCGCUGUGAAACAGGAGGAGACUGCAAGAGUGUCACGGUCCCCCGGAAAAAACUCAGAUCGGGCGUUCUGAGGACCUGGUGAUCCGGAGGGUGUCCUUUGGUGACUCCCCGGUAACCAGGGGGAUUUGAGGAAGUCACUUAACAAUGUUACCAAGAUUGGUUUAAUUACAAAUAGGAUGUAUGUUUGUUUGUUUGUUUUAAUUUUGGGGGGAAAAUAAUUUUAAAAAUUGAAGGGGGAAAAAGGAAAUGAGACCUUUGCGAUUCUCAAGUCAGCUUCUUCUUUUUGGCCUAUCUCCUUUUCUCAGAACGCCAAGGAGUGGACCAAAAUGGUGAUCAGGAACAUCGCCGCCUCCGGGAAGUUCUCCAGCGACCGGACCAUUAAGGAGUAUGCCCGGGACAUCUGGGGGGUGGAGCCUUCUGACUUGAAGAUCCCGCCCCCCAAUGUGCCCCGGGACGUGGCGGACGAGAUGCUGGCCAACGACACGUCCGAAAAGAUGCACGUCUGAGUUUGCACGAGCCCCGGGGAGUUAGCUCUACCUGAGUAGUGAGUGUGCGGUCCUGUGUGCUUUGUGCGAGGCAGGCUCACGCUUGUUUAGUGACGCUAACAGUAGUUAAAAGUUGUGGGCUCUUUUUCUUUCUGCUUUUAUUGGCGUUGAAAGGGGAAUCUGACUUAUUCCGUGAAUUCUGCAGAAGUGCAAAGCGAGUUGAAGGGCACUUCUGAGUGUCAUGAACCCCCUCCCCUUCCCCUUCCCUUGGCAGCCUGGGAAUUCCUAGUCCUAAGUCUCUUUUCCGAAGCUCCCAGGAUGGGGCUGCUGUUGAACCUCCUGCAAAACCAGCUUCCAGGAGGGACCAAUGGCAAGAUCGAGUCAACGAGCUGCUCUUUUGCAUCCUCAUCUCUUUUUAAAAGAUAAGGCAUUGGUUACCCAUCAGAUAAACCCUUCGCAGAGGGUGUGGGACCUGUCUGGCGAGAGAGGUGUGUCGAAAAUGGUGGCAGCAGAAUCCCUGGGGGUCUUAAUGUUGCUGUCUCAGCCAUCUUGUGGCCAAGGGUCUUCCCCCCCAAAAAGGGGCCCCUGCUCCAACUUGCCUAGGAGGAUAUUCAGACUCCAUUUCUGCAUUUCAAAGCUCUGUCUCUGAGCCUGUUGUUUUGGGUUGUUUGGCAAAUGGUAGUCGGGUUUUCUGCAGCUUAUUAUCUGCUCUGAUUUGGAAUUAAAAUGUGGGUUUUCCCAGGAGAAGCACUGGGACGGGGAAAAACCCCACCCACUCAGAUGCGGAGCUUUAAAGUACAGACCUGUGCCUGGAAAGUGGGGUGCAAAAGGACCUCUGGCUGAGCCCUAUAAUCUGUCCUACAGUCACUGGACCAAAGUGCUUUUAACGGAUACCCUGAGGUAUUGCAGCAGGUGCUAUGUGCUCAAUGCCAUAGGUGUGCUCAGCAAGUACAUGCCGGCUGCUUACGUGCAGUGAGAAAGAUGCGCUAAGAAGGGGAGAGAGAGUGUCCUGCUCAGGUAGUGCUUAAAAUAUCCACUUUUAGGUGCAUUAAUACAAAAAAGAAGCAGCGAACCCCACAUCUUUGCAAGGGCUGCAUGCAUCAGUUUGUGUUCCUGUCUCCCCGCUUUCUUGUCUCCCGGGUCCACGCCACAAAUCUUGCAUUCCUGAAAAUUCACCUGGUAAAAUAAAAACGAAAUCCACUCUUCCUGUU